AUGUCUCUGGCGGAGUUUGUGCGUGAGGGACGGCUGCAGGAGGCUUCAUCACAUAUGUUGUCCAGACUGGGUCAGGUCCUACACAGCCUGUCUGUAAUCGCCCUGGCCCACGGAGCUACAGACAACCGCAGGUAUAGCUACAGACGCAAGAGCACCUACUGGGACCGCCGGGACACAGGUUAGGAGUGUGUGUGUGUGCGUGAAAGAGAGAGUGUGUGGGGUGAAUCGGACCACCCCUGGGGGUGCUUCUGUGGGGUGUUCUUUUGCGGACUGUGCGUGUGUGCAACACUGUUGUCGGUCUGUGUUUACAGAAAGUUACCAUCAGUUUGACAUGGCCACUACAGGAAUCUCCCAGCAACUACUUGGGUGGUUUAAUAAAGUGCAGUACUUGCCCUCGAGAGUUCAUUGCCUCACUUGACCCUGAUGUCUAGCUAAUGGAUAACCUCUCUGGAACCACCCUGUGAAGAGUUGAAACAGUUGUAGAGGUCAACAUGCUGAGAGUAUUUCCUAUAGGGUUGUAGUUACAACUACUAAACUCCAUUCACAAGUUUUGUACAGUAGAUAGUCUCUGUUGUGUGUGAUUGGGUCAGGAUGGCAGCUAGCCGCUUCUGCUGCUGGUCUGAGCCAGAGAAGAGACAGAGCCUUAGGAGCACUCAGGUCAAUGGCCGAGGUCAGUGGUUCUGCUGCUGGUCUAAGCCAGAGAAGAGACAGAGCCUUAGGAGCCGAGGUCAGUGGUUCUGCUGCUGGUCUAAGCCAGAGAAGAGACAGAGCCUUAGGAGCACUCAGGUCAAUGGCCGAGGUCAGUGGUUCUGCUGCUGGUCUAAGCCAGAGAAGAGACAGAGCCUUAGGAGCCGAGGUCAGUGGUUCUGCUGCUGGUCUAAGCCAGAGAAGAGACAGAGCCUUAGGAGCACUCAGGUCAAUGGCCGAGGUCAGUGGUUCUGCUGCUGGUCUAAGCCAGAGAAGAGACAGAGCCUUAGGAGCACUCAGGUCAAUGGCUGAGGUCAGUGGUUCUGCUGCUGGUCUAAGCCAGAGAAGAGACAGAGCCUUAGGAGCACUCAGGUCAAUGGCUGAGGUCAGUGGUUCUGCUGCUGGUCUGAGACAGAGCUGUAGGAGCACUCAGGUCAGUGGCCAAGGUAAGUGGUUCAGUGAGUGGCAGUGGAAUAUUCCCUUUUGGUUUGUUUCAGGUUAGUAAUUGUAAGUGUUAACGUCACGUUGGAAGAAUCUGAUUCAUUGUGUUUGUGUUCUAUGAUUCAGGUGGCUCUGUUGGUUGGGACAGGGGCUCUUGUAAAAGCCCAGGUGUGGGUUGGUUUCCUGUAGGUGCUGGUAUUGUGUUUUGUUUCAGCCUCCCUGUCAGAAUCCUCUUUAUUGUGAGUAACUGAGUAAGAGAAAUGGCUACAAUGUGACUGGAACGUCACAGGAGACUUGUGUGGUUAUGGUGGCGAGAUCUGUUUUUGUUGUACUGUAGCUGAGUAAGGCAGUCAGGUAAAUCCAGCUCAAUGGCAGAAGUGAAACCGUGUGUGUGUGGUGUGGUGUGUGUGUGUGUGUGUGUGGGGGGGAGGCGUAGUUCUCAAAGGUAAAAAAAACUCAGAGUUAGUUUAGAGCGCUACUCAUUUGUACUGCAGCUGUUUGGAAGGCGAGGGAGAGAGAGAUAAUAUAGAGGUUGAAGAGAGGGAUGACAGAGCUGCACUGGUUCAUAUCGCUGUGACAGGUGGUGAUGAGGAUGGGAGUGAGUGAUGAGAAUAUGAAAGAAAAAGAUGAGAAGAUGGGAGAGAGGGAUGAGAUGGAGGUGCGUUUGCAGUCCAGCGGACACAGAGGAGGAGGAUAUGUCCACAUCUCUCUGGAGGAAAUGAAGAGCUUCUACCGAUUCUCACAGAGCUGUCAGCGGCUGCAUAGUGAGUGUGUGUGUGUACAUGUGUGUGUCAUGCGUAGUUAACUCUUACUCUCACUGCUUCGAGGCAGUGGUGACAGUGUGUUUGAGUGAGCCUAAAUGUGUGUUCACAGUGCACCUCCUGUGGACUGUACUGGAUGUGUAUUACCCAGGGUUGUAUGUUUACAGUGUUAAAGGGUCUAAUCAGCCACCCACCAGUGUAAUAACAUGCAGUACAUAACCUUAUUAUGCUUAGUGGAGUGUCUCAUCAUAGCACUAAUAAACACUGACUUAAACAUCAGCCUUUUGGUCAACUCUGAAUUAAUGCAUUACUGCAUGAGGCUGAUCGGUACGUUUUAUGUGCUAGGAUCUAUGUGUGUUUUAAACGUUCAUCUCCUUUUCACUGCGGUCAGUCUUAUUGCACAAGGCAAGCUGUGUGAGAGAAUGGAUCCCUAUUGUGUUCCGUGGUAAUUGUUAAAUGGUUAUAUCCUUAUUUGCUCAGGGUGUUGCUGAAUAUGCGUAGGAAAGUAUAAUGGUAGUCAGUGUUAAUCCAAGCCCCAGCUGAGCUACAUUUAGAGUGCAUAUUUGCCUGAAUAUUUUGACAUAAAAUAUUCACCCUGCCUUGGACUACAAAGUCUGUUAUAUUUUUUCAGCUUAAGACUUAAUUUUAGCCUCAUUGAUGUGCACUUCAGGGAAUGGAAGCUAUUUAAAGGCAUAGUUCACCCCAGAACCAAAAGCUUGUCAGAUGUCCUUAUACCUCCUGAAGUCGUCUGAAGUUGCGCUUCAGAGUCUGUUUUCCACACACCGUCUACUGGGUAGAACUCGCUACAGAGAGAAUUCUGCACGCCCCCGUCCUAAACCAAUAGGAAAGAUUGGCACCAUGUCAUUAGAUGGCUUUAAACGGUGCCAAUAUUUCCAUUUAAUUUCACAAUCUUUGUAUGCCACUCACAUUUCUGCAUUUAUUUCCCAUUGACAUCAAUCAGUGGUGGUCGGUGCCAUUUAAGAUGAGGGAGGGCAAUUCAUUUUUUUAAAUGAGUAUGGCCUUAUUUCUAUUACAGCAUAUUGGAUGACUGUCAUUCAUAUUCCAUUCACCCAGGUCAAUGUAACAUCAAUAGGUUUAGGCUACUACAUGAGGUUGCUACAACCUAGCCUAUGAAUGAAUGAAUUUUUUGUAAUCAAGGUGACAGACCGUGACACAUUAAAUACUGCCUUGCAUGCUUUUGCCUGCAUCUAGCUGAUCUAGGGCAUAAUCAUUAGUCCAACAGUUGCAAACAAGAGUUUCUAUUGAUCAAAUUUGGGUAUGUUUAUCCCAAUUUCAUUCCGUUUGCUUCCGUUUUGAGAAACGUUUUUCAACAGAAUCGGCGGAAUGAAUACACACUUAAUCACACCCAAACACAGUUCACUUUCAUAGCAGCCACAUACAAACAGCAUGAUCACUUCGCUCGUUGUAAUUUCUUCUCGCAUCUACGCGCUGUCCUCCUCUCUCACCUUUUCCCUUCGCUUGUGGACCUUAGUGCACAACACAUCAGCUGUCUGUGACCAGGCAAAAAACACUUUCCAAGCCAAAGCUUCAUAUCAUAACAGCUACACACAGCCUACAUAGUUGUCACUAUAUUAUCUAACGUUAUAGUCAACAUAGCUAAUAUAACUAAUUAAUUAGUAAACCCGCUACAAUCAUGCAGUACAGUGUACAGUCAGCAAGCACUUUAGCAGUUACACCAGUGGACCCUGGUGGCAAUAAAUUAAUAAAACCAAAAGCUUACCUUAACUUGGAAGAGUUCCAGUGUUGGAUAUCCAUAGCCAACUAGCUAACAUAGAAGCCUUUUCUGUUUGAGCCAGGUGUUCGAAUAGGCUAAACUAGCUAGCUAAGUAAGUGAAAGUGAAAAAAAUAUAGCUAGCUCUCUCUCCCCCUCACUCUCUUGCUUCUCCUUCAUUUUUGAAGAAAUGUAUUUGUUCAAAACUGUUCAACUAUUGUCUUUCUCUCUCUUUAAGUCAACUACUCACCACAUUUUAUACACCGCAGUGCUAGCUAGCUGUAGCUUAUGCUUUCAGUACUAGAUUCAUUCUCUGAACCUUGGGUGGACAAAAUGUCAGUUCAUGCUGCAAGAGCUCUGACAGGUUGGAGGAUGUUCUCUGGAAGUUGUCAUAAUUACUGUGGAAGUCUGUGGAAGGGGUGAAAACCAUGAGCCUCCUAGGUUUUGUAUUGAAGUCAAUGUACCCAGAGGAGGAUGGAAACUAGCUGUCCUCCGGCUACACCAUGGGACUGCCCUACAGAGUGCUGUUGAGGCUACUGUAAAGCUUCAUUGCAAAACAGUGUUUUAAUCAAUUAUUUGGUGACGUGGAUAUAUUUAGUUUAGUUUUAUUUAAAAAUGAUAGCUUUUUUUUAAUGUUUCACUUUUUAUUUUUAUGAAAUUCACUGAGGAUGAUGGUCCUCCCCUUUCUCCUCUGAGGAGCCUCCACUGACAUCCAUUCAUGAUUUACUUAAAAGUCAGAGUUUCAAGUGUGGAUCUAAUGGUAGGAUUCAGCCCUAACAACACACUAUGGGCUGGUUUCCCAGACACAGAUUAAGGCCUGGAUUAGAAAUCACUCUCAAUGGAAUCCUCAGAACCAGUAUUUGUCUGUGUCCAGAAAACAGUCCCUAUACAUUUUCCGCCACUUUCGGUCUGUUACACCUCAAUGAUUCCUAGUCAUUCUUGACUUAUUUCAGUUUCCUAUUCAUCCCAUAGAACAUCCUCUCUAUCUGUCAGUGUAGAUUUCAGUUUCCUCAUCCCAUCUGUGACCUUUCCCUGACCUCUGAACCUCACUGUGACCCCUCUGUAGCUCUCUGCAUCGUCAGCAUCUCUAGAUACCGAACGGCCCCUUCCUGUCCUAUCCUUUAUCCAACUCGUGUUACUCAAGUCCAGUGUAGACUGUUGUGUGCCUUGUGCUUGUGAAAGAGUCUAUAUGUUUUUGACUCGGCUACAGUAACAGAUAAUGAUGAUGAGGCUUUCUCUGUUAGACUUGGGUAAGAUUUCAGUGUUUGUCUUGCUAAGAAGUGGCAUGGAUAAUGGUGUUUUUUUGUGUCUGUGCCUGAUUGGACGCUAUCUCUGUUUCUUUAUGAUUGAGCAGGGCUUAUAUGUACGCAAUUGGUUUAUUGAAUUGUCUGUGAAACGUUCAGAUUGAUCAUUGACCACCAUGAAGGCUUGUCUGAUUGUUUUGGCUUUGCUCUCUACCUCUAUCCUGUUCUUUCUGUUUGUUGUUCCCUCCCUUGUUUUUCCCCUUCCAUCUUGUCUUCCGUCUUCCAUCUGUUCUUCCAUCCCUCCUUUCCCAGGUUGUCUGUCUUUCAUUGUGGUCGUAUACUAAUUCUCACAGCUGGUAAUCCCAGGUGUGUCAGGCUAUUGAUAGUGUUUUAUAAAUGAUAAAUGUUGAAGUAUGAUUGUUUAAUCAUUAACCUAAUUUCCGGUGCUGCACCUCUGCCAAAUAUGUGUUAUGACGCCCAGGUUUCGAGUAAAUGGCUUAAUGAGAAAGCACACACACACACAAACACACAAGCCUGCCUUCCCUGGCAGCACCACCCAGGUUGCUGGUGAGGCGGACGUGACUGGGAAUGGGCAGGAACAAGCAAAUUGGCCUUAAUGACUGUCUGGCAUUCUGAACUGAUGCGCAGAGAGUGACGGAGAAGGAUAGCAGGAUAUAGAGACGUUGAGAAAGACAGAGACGGAGAGAGACCAGCCACUCCCUUUGGUAAACAAGAUUGGUUGUUGUUCUCUUGUACUAUAAAUGAUCUCAAAAGCAACAUUUAGUUUUGAGGUAUUUUCCUGUCCGAUGGUUUGACAACUAAACUAGAGACAACUCUAAUCCUUUAUUGAAUCAGUAGAUGGUCUAUUGUCUUAUGAGCCCUAAGUGUUCCUGCUCUAGAAAUCCCCCUGAGAUCAUGUCUGCAUCAGCUGGAUGUUAUCUUACACCAACACAGAUUCCACAGGCCUUAAGUCACACCUCAGUCUUUCUUUUCCUGGUAAGUUUAUGGGAGGAGGGAACAAAUGGUGUUUGAAUAAAGAGACGGGAAAGUCAUGUAAUUAGUCCCAUCAGUCAACAACAAGACAAUCUAUUAUCUAUUAUUCAAAUGUAGCAAACUAUUCAGAAGGAAACUGCAUCACACAGGUACAAGUGUUGCACGUAAUGCAAACAAACAGUCAAUCAGAGCAGUUUAUCAACCACAACAAUUACUUCCUUCAACUGAACAGGCCUGCCAAAGGUCAGCACUAAUCUAAUUCCAUCAGUCACAUUAUAAAUUAAAAGUUGAUAUCAACCGCCUAGAUCACGUGUCAAACUCAUUCCAUGGAAGGCUGAGUGUCUGCAGGUUGUCUCUCCUCCCUUGUACUUGAUUGAUGAAUUAAGGUCACUAAUUAGUAAAGAACUCCCUCACCUGGUUGUCUAGGUCUUAAUUGAAAGGAAAAACCAAAAACCCUCAGACACCAAGCCCUUCAUGGAAUGAGUUUGACACCCUGUUCUAGAUGCUUCUGUCAAUGUUUACAAUGUAGACCAAUCUAUUGGUACGAUGCUCUGUUUGUUUGCAUUACGUGCAACACUUGUACCUGUGUGAUGCAGUUUCCUUCUGAAUAGUUUGCGUACAUUUGAAUAAUAGAUGAUAGAUUGUCUUGUUGUUGACUGAUGGGACUAAUUACAUGACUAAUAGCAGCCGGAGUCAGGUACUAAUAACAUUACAUAUGUUAGUGUUAUGGGUGGGGUCCCCCCGGUCUCUGAGACAACUGUGAAGUGUGUGUUUGUGUGUACAUUAUGUGUGAUACAGAAGCUGGUGCUGUGGGUGAGAGAAAUCUACCUGUUUUAAGUAAUCCCAGGGUCAAACAUACUAGCUUUAUUCUGGGUGGAACUUGUUGACAACUGAGCCUAGUACUUAGGCCACAGGUGUCAAACUCAUUCCACGGAGGGCCAGGUGUCUGGGGGGUUUUCACUCCUCCCUUGUACUUGAUUGAUGAAUUAAGGUCACUAAUUAGUAAGGAACUCCCCUCACCUGGACACUAGGCCCUCCAUGGAAUGAGUUUGACACCCCUUACUUGGGCUCAUAGCCAACAUAGCAGGCCAGGCAUGAGUCACAAUCGGUUUCUUGGAAAUUAAAUGCUGAGACGUCUGUUGUGCACUAUGCCCCGUGAGUAGACGCCUCGUGUCCCAAAGCAAUCCAGCAGCCACAGGAAACUGGCCAUUAUAAACGGCCAUUUCCUUUCCUAGAGUCAGCGUUCAGUGUCACCCAGAUCACACACACUGUCCCUGUCUACUUCCUAGCUCCUGAUUUCAUAUCAGUUAUAAUAAUAAUAAUAUGCCAUUUAGCAGACGCUUUUAUCCAAAGCGACUUACAGUCAUGUGCGCAUACAUUUUUACGUAUGGGUGGUCCCGGGGAUCGAACCCACUACCCUGGCGUUACAAGCGCCAUGCUCUACCAAUUGAGCUACAGAGGACCACAUCAGUUCAGGUCAGUAUAGAUAUAGGAGAUGAGAUGAGACGAGGAGGGGAAGCCACUUUAGACUAUUGAGACGCAGCCCUACAGUGGGACCAUAUGACAGGAAGGUUGUCAGCCAUCCCAUAAUACAGUAGAACAGCUGACAGGCUAAAUCUCCAUAUGCUUCCUGGUUCCUGGGACUGUCUUCUCAUAAUGGGGACAAAUACAGUAACGACAGUCUAUUUUCAUCACUACGCCUGCAGAGAGACAAUGUAAAAGGAUUUGGAUCAGACACACUUCGUAUGCAUCCCAAAUGGCACCCUAUUCACGUUAUAGUGCACUACGUUUGACCAGAGCACUAUAUAGGGACUAGGGAGCCAUUUGGGAUGCAAGCUUGUUUACUCCAGAGCCUAUCCCUGUUGACUGACAUCAGAUGUGUUUGACUAAUUAGGGCCUGAAUUGAUGUCUUUAAAAAGUAAUUUAAGUGAUGCAUAUUGUACGCAUAUUUAUGCAUAACAAUUACUCGGAUAGCAUUACCUAUGUUAUUGUCAUGUUUAUUGUCAAGUUAUUAUAAUAUAAUGUUGUAUAACAUGAGGUAGAUAAGUAUUGGGGAAGGAACUGAUUGACAAUACAUUUCACAUGCUGUUGUGCAAAUGGAAGAGACAACAGGUGGAAAUUAUAGGCAAUUAGCAAGACACCCACAAUAAAGGACUGGUUUCGCAGGUGGUGACCACAGACCACUUCUCCGUUCCUAUGCUUCCUGGCUGAUGUUUUGGUCACUUUUGAAUGCUGGCGGUGCUUUCACUCUAGUGGUAGCAUGAAACGGAGUCUACAACCCACACAAGUGGCUCAGGUAGUGCAGCUCAUCCAGGAUGGCACAUCAAUGCGAGCUGUGGCAAGAAGGUUUGCUGUGUCUGUCAGCGUAGUGUCCAGAGCAUGGAGGCGCUACCAGGAGACAGGCCAGUACAUCAGGAGACAUGGAGGAGGCCGUAGGAGGGCAACAACCUAGCAGCAGGACUGCUACCCCGCCUUUGUGCAAGGAGGAGCAGGAGGAGCACUGCCAGAGCCCUGCAAAAUGACCUCCAGCAGGCCACAAAUGUGCAUGUGUCUGCUCAAAACGGUCAGAAACAGACUCCAUGAGGGUGGUAUGAGGGCCCGACGUCCACAGGUGGGGUUGUGCUUACAGCCCAACACAGUGCAGGACGUUUGGCAUUUGCCAGAGAACACCAAGAUUGGCAAAUUCGCCACUGGCGCCCUGUGCUCUUCACAGAUGAAAGCAGGUUCACACUGAGCACGUGACAGACGUGACAGAGUCUGGAGACGCCGUGGAGAACGUUCUGCUGCCUGCAACAUCUCCAGCAUGAACCGGUUUGGCGGUGGGUCAGUCAUGGUGUGGGGUGGCAUUUCUUUGGGGGGCCGCACAGCCCUCCAUGUGCUCGCCAGAGGUAGCCUGACUGCCAUUAGGUACCGAGAUGAGAUCCUCAGACCCCUUGUGAGACCAUAUGCUGGUGCGGUUGGCCCUGGGUUCCUCCUAAUGCAAGACAAUGCUAGACCUCAUGUGGCUGGAGUGUGUCAGCAGUUCCUGCAGAGGAAGGCAUUGAUGCUAUGGACUGCCCGCCCGUUCCCCAGACCUGAAUCCAAUUGAGCACAUCUGGGACAUGUCUCGCUCUAUCCACCAACGCCACGUUGCACCACAGACUGUCCAGGAGUUGGCGGAUGCUUUAGUCCAGGUCUGGGAGGAGAUCCCUCAGGAGACCAUCCGCCACCUCAUCAGGAGCAUGCCCAGGCGUUGUAGGGAGGUCAUACAGGCACGUGGAGGCCACACACACUACUGAGCCUCAUUUUGACUUGUUUUAAGGACAUUACAUCAAAGUUGGAUCAGCCUGUAGUGUGGUUUUCCACUUUCAUUUUGAGGGUGACUCCAAAUCCAGACCUCCAUGGGUUGAUAAAUGACCAUGUGCGAUGGGAUCUGUGUAGUGUGUUAAGGGGAUUUCCCACACUGAGUGUAACGGCGUCUCAGCUAGUCUCGUAUUACUGCCUGAGGAGAUUAGAGAAACAUACUCCAAUCUGCAGCUCCGGACUACUUCUCAGACACAGAACUGCAAAGCAAUUUAUAACAUUUCUGACAUGCGUUUUUCUGGAUUUUUUUGUUGUUAUUCUGUCUCUCACUGUUCAAAUAAACCCACCAUUAAAAUUAUAGACUGAUCAUGUCUUUGUCAGUGAGCAAACGUACAAAAUCAGCAGGGGAUCAAAUACUUUUUUCCCUCACUGUAUAUACUAGUUGUUGAGGUGGGAUUGGUGUGGGGGUGUCCGUGGAUGACUUUUGACCCCUUCUUUGGAUUCCUCAUGUCUUACUCAUUGUUAGAAAAAAGUGUGGUCCAAAUCGGAUGUUAGAUACUAUAAUUAUUGAUUAUUAUAUGAAUCCUAUAAAUUAAAAUGGCCAAUUUAGGUGCAAUCAAAUUAGCUUAAUUUCUCAGAGAUAAAACGACCCGUUUGGGGUUUAGGGUUAGGGUCAGUGGCGGCUGGCCGAUAGAGGGCGCUAGGGCGCCGCCCCCUUAAAUAAAAUUAUUUAAUCGCCAUUCAAGCUGACGAGACGACUGACGUUUCCACCCACUGCCAGUUGGUGCUUGUGAUACGCUACAUCGAUGCUAAAAGUAACGUCCAAGAGCGUUUUUUCGAGUUCAUUUUGAUCGAGAACGCAACCGCCGACACCAUCGCUACAGCGCUGCUGGAGAGGCUCAGCACCAUACUCUCACAUGGACAAAAGGCCAAACUUAUUGCCCAGGCUUACGACGGAGCAAGUGUGAUGAGGGGAGCCACCGGCGGAGUGCAGUGUAAAAUAGUGGAUGUGUACGAAAAUGCGCACUACGUCCACUGCUAUGCACAUCAGCUGAACCUCAUCAUGCAGCAGGCUACUUCACGCAUCCCCAGGAUCGGCACUUUCUUUUCCGACCUUGCAGGAUUUUCUGCUUUCUUCUCCAGGUCUCCCAAGCGAACCACCGUGCUUGACGAAGUGGUUGCGCAUAGACUCCCCAGAGCCUCUACAACACGGUGGAACUUCCACAGUCGCGCUGUAAACACUGUGUACGAGUACAGGGAUGACCUCCUAACGUGUUUCCAGACCAUCAGAGACUCUGGGAACUUUGAUGCCCCGACUGUCAGAGAGGCGGGGGGCUUUGUGAGGAUGCUCGAAGACGAGGCUUUCUGUUUUUUCCUGGCACUGUUCCACAAGAUCAUGCCAAAUGUGGACAUGCUUUUCAGCCAGCUGCAGAAGAGGAACAUCGACCCUGUCUUCAUUAAAGCACUUGUCCAGAGGUUCACAGACAGCAUGCUAACAAUCAGGUAAAUAACUAUAUUUACUAUUGGCUGAUAAAGAUGUUGUUAGAAAGAUGAAUAGUUCACUUACAACAGUUUAAAAGCCUAAAUGUGUCUGGUCAUCAAAGUGAGUGAUUAUCAUAGAGCCGUCACAAUUAUAUUUGUUUUAGUAUUUUAAAAGGAAAGAGAAGACACAAUCAGACGUUGAUAAUAAUGCAGGAAAGUACUACACAGUUUGUAAUAAUUAUUCAGGUGUCCACCAGGUCAAUUUCUAGAAGAGGCCUAGUUGUUAUUGAAGAUUAACUUUAUUGCUAAGUGCACAGCAGAACAAAAUGAUGUUGCAUCCCUCUCACAAAUGUAAUAGAAAAAGGCUUUAAAACGUAAUAACAUCAGUUAAUUAUGUACAUCACAGGUUAAAAGCAGUUACUAGACAUAGUUUGUGUGUAUAUACACACUAUCUGUCUGUCUGUCUGUCUAUAUAUAUAUAUAUAAAAGUCACUGGUUGUGUGUUGAGGGGGAAUUACAGUGAGUUAAGAAGUCUGAUUGCAAGUUAUCAAAUUAAACUUUAUUUUUUGGACCCAGGGCCUCAAUUCCCUCUUUGUGUGGGGACAGCGCAUCUGACGAGCAGCAACAGCCCAUCAAGCGACGGAGGAUGCUGGGACCAGGAGAACAACAGAGGUUGGCUAUAGAGGUAAGUUGUGAUGUAAUUGUCAGUGUUUCCCCCUAGAACUUUUUUCAGGCCUGGUAGUAUGUAGCCAAAACCCUGAACAAUCAGCACCUUGGUAAUCAUAUACUUGAGUUGGACAUAGGCAUGUGUCAGUCAGGAUCACUUGCAUCAAAAUAGCUUAAUUGCAAAUUAAAGCUGAUGAUGUAUCUUUUACAGGUAUGUGAUACCAUCCUGAGUCAUGCCAAAGAGAGGUUCUCCUUCACCCAGCACCUCAUCAGCGCAACACUAUUGCACGGAGAGUUGUUCCCACAACACAGUGUGAAGUUCCCCGAUACAGCGCUUGAAACAACCGUGGAGGCGUACCCCAUGUUGAACAAGGCCAAGCUCAAAACCGAACUGUCCCUCAUCUAUGAGAACAGUGAGUUCAAGGCUUGUAGUGGUGCAGUGCCCCUGUACCAGUUCUUCAUGGAGAACAACCUUCAGAGCACUUUCACAGAGACUGCCAGCCUCCUCAAGAUCCUCAUCACCACACCCAUGACAACUGCUGAGUCAGAAAGGUGCUUCUCUACACUGAAAAGGAUCAAGAACUUCCUGAAAAACAGCAUGACACAGGAUCGCCUGAACGCUCUGGCCAUGCUCUCCAUGGAGAAGAAACUUGUCAGGGACAUUCCUGACUUUAAUCAAAGGGUCAUUGAGAGGUUUGCCACUCAGAAGGACAGACGGGCAAAAUUCCUGUACAAAUAAGAUGACAGACACACACACACAGAGCAGCUCUGGCCGCAUGUUUCUUUGUAUAUAGUUGACCUUAGCAUAAAAAAUCCAGUUAUAUAUGGUACUCUAGAAAGUCUUAAUAGUGUCUUUGCUAAUAUUACUGUAUAUAUGUUGUUUUGUAUCAAUUAAUUGUUGCAGUUCUGGAGCACAUUAACAAUUAGUCACAUUUAGUAUGAUCAUAAAAUACUGUAUGCUAUUCUUCCAGUCAAAGGUUUGAGUUCAUCCACUUGAUAUCCAUUUCUAUAUUAUACAUCCUUUUAUACAGUGUAAGAUUUCCUAUAAACUUUAUAAUAAUUUCAUGUUAUUGUCCACUUUCCACUCUGUUCUGACAGCAUGCCUGUUGCGUUGCCUGUUUACUACCAAUGGUGAAAAGUUGGGUUAGGAAGAAAAAAAGUGUUUUGGAUGUGAUUAUGUUAAAUAAUCCUACAGAAACAAAUUAGGUUGAUUAUUUUUCAGAGUCCCCGGUUAGGGUUAGGGAAAAUAGGAUUUUGAAUGGGAAUCAAUUGUUUGGUCCCCACAAGGAUAGUAAAAGAAACGCGCAGUGUGUGUGUGACAGAUCUAGGAUCAGCUUAACACAAAACUGACCCUAGAUCAGUGGGGGCAACUUCAUGACUCUCCAGAUCUCUGGCUGCAUAAAAGGCCAGUAAAUGGCAUAGGUGGCAUUGAGCUGGAGGCGGUCCCAUACAGGCAGCUGCUCUGUGAUAUCAUCACUCAGGCCCUGGCUCCUGAUUGGCUGAGGGGUAUCAGACAGAGAGGGGUCCCCCAGGGGGCUGUGUGAGGGACGAUGGCUUUGGUACCAACCACAUUCUGUCUGUCACUCCUCUUUAUCUCCCCUUGAUCUGAUCCCAGACCAGUUUACACACCGAUUAGAGAUGUGUGAGGCGCACAUGUAUAGGCUUAUCUGAGGGAAUUACAUCUGGCUUCUCUCUCUCUCUCUCUCUCUCUGUCUAUUUCUUUCUCUCUCUCUGUCUAUUUCUCUCUGUCUCUUCUCUCUCUCUCUCUCUCUCUCUCUCUCUCUCUCUCUCUGUCUUCUCUCUCUCUCUCUCUCUCUCUCUGUGUGUCUGUAUAUUUCUCUCUCUCUCUCUGAUCGUUUGUUUACGCUCUUUCAGUACCUGGGAGAGAGGGAUCAGUGGGAGGUGUAACCUGAAACUGAGCCCAGUCUGGCUGAGUGUGUAUAUGGAGACAGCGGGGGAGGGAUGGGGGUGUGGUGAGUGUGUAUAUGGAGACAGCGGGGGAGGGAUGGGGGUGUGGUGAGUGUGUGUGUGUGUGCUGCCCAGCGACGGAGCGUUCAGUGUACGGCUGAAGUCUCAGCACACAGGCUGUGGAGGAAUGGAUGGCUGUCGCUCACACUACCGCUUAUUCUGAGAGUGUGUGUUGGGGAGUGUGUGUGUUCUCCCAGGGGGAGAGGAGAGGGGGACAGGAUGGCCCUCAACCGAGUGUCCCUGCUCUGCCAUGACAUCACCAGGAUGUGGCUGCAACUCAACUUGAUAACAGGUAAGGUGUUUGUUGUGCUUUUGUACACAGUGAGGUGGGAACUGUGUUUGUGUGGCAGGGGGCAGUGUUUGUGACUGACAGUGAGGUGGGAACUGUGUUUGUGUGGCAGGGGGCAGUGUUUGUGACUGACAGUGCAUGUGACAGAAGAUGGUGCGUGUGCAACUGUGUGUGACUGAACGGUAUUGUCAGAGAGGUGAUAAAGUUCUACUUCAGUUUAAUGCACAUUUUUUCACACUUUUAUAUUUCAAUUUCUGAUAUUUUAGCUUUGUUGUUUUGUGCUGUUUCAGUGUGGAACAUCUUAAUCUGUCCCUCCCACUUGCAAAAAUACUCUAUUUGCAUAAAUGGAAAUACUGUACCUGCAUUUAAUUGGUAUCUGGUUACUAACAAUCUUCAACUCCCAAUGACUGUGUUUGUUUGCCCUGUGCCAAGCAAUCGGGACUAGAUUCUAGUAAAUGGUCAACAAGAGAAUUUGAAUGAAAACACCCCGCCUCCCCCUAUAUUUUACAAAGUGGUCGUUUACAUUUGCAUGCCUGUGCACACCCAGGCCGUUGCACAGGGCGAGUCUCUUGUCUCAGUUUCUCCACUGCCAGAUGGACAGGCUUUGGCAUAAAGUGGGUUUAAACUCACCCAAACCUCUCAACACUCAGCCCUCGCAGUUGGCACCUCAGGUGUCACCCUCGCUGCCACGUCACAGAUUAAGGGCUACGGAAUAGUCUUCGCUCUCUACCAAUCUGCCAAUCUGGAUGGCUCGGUCAUAACAUGGGCAGAGCCAGCAGGAAUCUGUGCCACGUUGUCAUGGCAACACUUUCACUUCAUUGACUGUCCAUUCAAUUGAGAAAACUGUAGCAGUUUGUUUUGUUGUUGUAUUUUGCUUUGGUUUGAAUUGAUUCCAAAAGUAUUUCCAAUCCUUUCUGGGGGCUUAAGGAAGUUGUUUUUCUCAGUAGAUUCUGCCUGGCUCAAGUCAUGAGUUAACAUGUUGUCUUAAACACGUGAGUUGACAUCGAUUAAGACAGUGAACCCACUUCCAUCUGCUGAACUAUUAAGCUCCAAGAGAGAUUUUACAGUACAAGUGAAAACACAUCCUUGGAGUCUUUUCUUUGGUAUUUAUCUCUCCUUUGUCAAACCAAGGGAAAGUUUGACUAGAGGCUUCCUAGAAGAGAUUGUUCUGUUUCCUUGGAAUAUCUGGUAUGUGUGUGUUUGUGGUAGUAGCAUGAGAGAGUGGAGAGGGUGAUGAACAGUGGUGUGUUGUCUGACUCUUACUUCCAUUCAGUAACAGAGAGUGGUCCGCUGGUCAAGCGGAAAGACAUUGUGCCACAUUUCCUCCAGUCUCUCAGGGAUAGGCCACAGACACAGAUGUACACUACAUGACCAAAAAUAUAUGGACACCUGCUCGUCGAACAUCUCAUUCCAAAAUCAUGGGCAUUAAUAUUGAGUUGGUCCCGACGCUUGGCGUUGCGCAUGGUGAUCUUAGGCUUGUGUGCGGCUGCUCGGCCAUGGAAACCCAUUUCAUGAUGCUCCCGAUGAACAGUUCUUGUGCUUACGUUGCUUCCAGAGGCAGUUUGGAACUCAGUAGUGAGUGUUGCAACUGAGGACAGACGAUGUGUACGCGCUACGCGCUUCAGCAGUCCCGUUCUAUGAGCUUGUGUGGCCUACCACUUCGCGGCUGAGCCGUUGUUGCUCCUAGACGUUUCCACUUCACAAUAACAGCACUUACAGUUGACCGGGGCAGCUCUAGCAGGGCAGAAAUUUGACAAACUGACUUGUUGGAAAGGUGGAAUCCUAUGACGGUGCCACGUUGAAAUUCACUGAUCUCUUCAGUGAGGCCAUCAUGCUGCCAAUGUUUUUCUAUGGAUAUUGCAAAACCUGUCAGCAACGGGUGUGGCUGAAAUAGCCGAAUCCACAAAUUUGAAAGGAUGUCCACAUACCUUUGUGUAUAUAGUGUAGCUUACAGUGCAGUAGACUAGCCACCGUGUUGACACCUGACGCUCCAUGGCAAAAAGGAUUUGACAAAGACUGAACAGUAGCCACAUAUUGCAGCUGAUCAUGUAGAAAUAUUCUAACCAUUACAGAUUUAAUCCUAUCCAGAGAUUUAUGGGAUGGGGAUGGUCAGAACACACACACACACACACACACACAGUGGGCAUGCAUGGCAACAGGGCAACGGUGGCCGUUUGACCCAGUUGUCGUGUGUGUGUGUGUGUGUGUGUGUGUGUGUUAUUAUCCCCAUGGCAGAUGGUGAUCUGGUAAACCCUGACUGUAAUACUAUAAUAGAACUGGGUUCCCCCCACAUACACUAAUACACACAGACACACACUAAUACACACACACACACACAGCUGUGGAAUGGCUGUUCAUCCCUUACUUGUCCUCUUACUCACACACAGCUGCCCAUCUCCCUGCCACACCACCACACACACAGCUGCUCCAUCAUCAACUAUACCUACACAGCAUGGCGCUCCACGCCACACACACACACACUUCCACAACCCAAAUACAAUCUGUUGCCUUCCAGUCCACAUACCAAGACUGCCCUGCCCACCCUGCCCAUACACCACAUACCACACCAACACAUGAAGUUAAUGCAUGGAUCAGCGAACAAAGGGGUUAGCCGUAGGGGUUAAAUAAAGGGGAGGGGAAGGGAGUGGAAUGGAGGGGUUCGGGGUUAAUAUCAGACUGGGUGAUUAUACUGUAUUUUUCAAGGGCGACAUCAAAGACUGUACCACCUGUGAUCGUGACUUUGUCCUUCAGACCAGACGUGUAAAGGCAAGGACAAAGGCAAGGAUGUCUUUCCAGGCUGCUAACAUGUGUUUAACCGCCUGCUGCUUGUGGGAACAUGAUGACCGAACAAAGAGAGAGCGGCUGUGUUAUUUAAUGGGACUGGAGAGGGAGUAGCACGCUGUCUACUGCACAGAGGCAUGGUAACUACCAUGUUGGUGCAUGGGUGAAAAUGGGGGUGAACUUUGUGUCAGUGUUGUCACACAAUCAUGUGAAAGGAAUGUCAUGACUGCAGUGAAAUGCAUGGUAAACUAUUCAACAAACUGUUGGUCAGAUCUUUUUUAGCUUUGAUGGCGUUCGAUGAAACGCAUAGAAGGAACAUGAAGAGAGGGGCCUGUGUAGAAUGGAUUUAGUUUUCUGAGUCUCUCGUGGAAUCUCCUACAUUACUGGAAAGAGCUGUGUAGUUGUCUUCCCAGCCCCCACAGCUCAACCAGAGCCAUGUCUCCACAUUAACAAUGUAGGCAUUAGUAAUAGAACCCUGGCCUCCUUUCAAUGGAGUAUCUCUCUCCCUCCUCCUUUCAAUGGAGGAUGUGUCUCCCUCCUCCUUUCAAUGGAGUAUGUCUCUCCCCCCUCUUUUCAAUGGAGUAUCUCUCUCCCUCCUCCUUUCAAUGGAGUAUCUCUCUCCCUCCUCCUUUCAAUGGAGUAUCUCUCUCCCCCCUCCUUUCAAUGGAGUAUCUCUCUCCCUCCUCCUUUCAAUGGAGUAUCUCUCUCCCUCCUCCUUUCAAUGGAGUAUCUCUCUCCCCCCUCCUUUCAAUGGAGUAUCUCUCUCCCUCCUCCUUUCAAUGGAGUAUCUCUCUCCCUCCUCCUUUCAAUGGAGUAUCUCUCUCCCUCCUCCUUUUUCCCCUUUUCUCGCCCUCCUCCUUUUCCCCAUUUCUCCCCUGUUCUCUGUGAGCUGUCAUCCAUCCAGAUCUGAGCUGUAAUCUGUGAGGUUAUACAAUAGUUUUAAGACAGGAAGGAAUAUGAUGAGAUAUAAAACGUUACAUGAUAGAAAUGUGUUGCAUAGAGCAGAAAUAAUGAUCUGUUUUCAGGUCAGCUCUAUUUACAUUUCUAUCUGCAACAUUGUAAACCUUGAACUUCACUGAUUAAGCCCCUGAUCUGAUUGUGAAUGAGUGGCGAGGGGGGGAAAGAGGUCGAGGGGGGGGAAGGGUGGCAUUCCUGGCCCCCAUCAACCUCAAAACUUGGGUUCUGUGUUGGCCUGGUUGGGAGGAAGUUGGGGGUGUUGUGAGGUUUUGUGUUGCUUAAGAGUUCCCUGGCUGGCACAGGCCUGUUUUUGGUGGCUUUUCCCUGGAUUUCAGUUGGAGCUCUCACAGACCACAGUGACGAGACUGAACACGUCUCUGCACACCACAUACAAUGCAGUCAGUGAGAAUGGUAGGGUAUGGCCCUUAGUUCUCAAUCGCACUGAAUGGGUUAGAGAUGCUCUGAAAAGAGCCGUUCCUUCCCUCUAAUACCAGGAAGAAAGAGGGAAAAACACAGAGGGAGAUGUACUGUAAGGUCUAUUUUUAGAAGACAUGUUUGUAUAAACUUAUGUUAGAUUUAUUAGAGAAACAGAAACACACACACACCCUUCGCUCAGAGGCAGCUUCUCUCUAGGUUGUGUGUGUGUGUGUGAGUUUCUGGGUCUGGGUUUGGGCCAGAGUGUUAUCCUAACCAUGCUAUUAAACUAACUAACUCUCUGGGUUUAUAGGGUAAGAGUCUGAGAGAAGACUGUAGUGGCAGCUGGCUGUAAGACUCCUGUAAGACUGAGCUGUUACCUACUGCCCAGGGCUGUAAGACUGAGCUGUUACCUACUGCCCAGGGCUGUAAGACUGAGCUGUUACCUACUGCCCAGGGCUGUAAGACUGAGCUGUUACCUACUGCCCAGGGCUGUAAGACUGAGCUGUUACCUACUGCCCAGGGCUGUAAGACUGAGCUGUUACCUACUGCCCAGGGCUGUAAGACUGAGCUGUUACCUACUGCCCAGGGCUGUAAGACUGAGCUGUUACCUACUGCCCAGGGCUGUAAGACUGAGCUGUUACCUACUGCCCAGGGCUGUAAGACUGAGCUGUUACCUACUGCCCAGGGCUGUAAGACUGAGCUGUUACCUACUGCCCAGGGCUGUAAGACUGAGCUGUUACCUACUGCCCAGGGCUGUAAGACUGAGCUGUUACCUACUGCCCAGGGCUGUAAGACUGAGCUGUUACCUACUGCCCAGGGCUGUAAGACUGAGCUGUUACCUACUGCCAGGGCUGUAAGACAGAGCUGUUACCUACUGCCCAGGGCUGUAAGACAGAGCUGUUACCUACUGCCCAGGGCUGUAAGACUGAGCUGUUACCUACUGUCCAGGGCUGUAAGACUGAGCUGUUACCUACUGCCCAGGGCUGUAAGACUGAGCUGUUACCUACUGCCCAGGGCUGCCUGUCCAUCUGUCCUAAUGCAUUACACCAACAUCAGACUGAAUACUGACAGUGACUGCGAACAUGCAUGUCUAUGGUUCUAGAAUAGACUGCAUUAGUGUUUCUCAACCUUGAUCCUUAUGGACCCACUCACUGUGUGGAUGCGAGUCUUACCGGCUCCAGCUGGUCGUAGCUAGCUAAGCCUGACCGGUUGACGUCACUUUCCCUGACACCUGAUGUCGGUCCCCCCUGAAACGUGACCGCAGGGUUUUCUGGUUUAUACUGAUGAGGGUUGAUUUUGGAGAGCAUGGUAUAAAACCCACACAGGUACAUGAGCAUUAGUUAGAUUUUUUUUGCAUCAUUGCAAACAUUUUUUAUUCAAAAUUAGUUAAGAAUAGAGUAAUAAAGUAUUUUUAUAAGCUCACCUUGGCAGUGGCGAUUUUAGCAUGUAAAUCUUGGCAAAAAAAAUAAAAAAAUAUGCAUGCCAGCAAAGCCACUACACAACACUAAACAGUACAUUAAUUGCACUAUAACGGUGACAAACGGUGCCCUCAAACUGUUAGGGCCUACAUAAAGCUGUCCCGACAGCGGAGCUUUCUUUUCAGCACCAUGUAGUGAAUCCUUACCACUGCUACACCUGGCUAUCAGCAGAGCCUUGUCUGGCAGCGAAACACUUAAUUCAUCCUCAUUUACUGCCUUUUGAAAAAAAACAUAGCUGAUAUGUCUGGCUUGCUUAAACAAAUGUGGUUUCUACUGACAAUUGACAUGUACAAACAAUUUGAGAUGUACAAAGGGGAUGACGAGCGGAUAAGAGGCAAUCCGUAAUUUUUGAUUAAGAGAUGAAUGAGCGAGCUAGGACGGAUGUAGUCAAUAUAACUAUUUGUUCAGCACUUUUGAAAUGUACAGCGACACAAUUCAGAACAUGGGCCGUUCUUACAGUGUUCUCCCUUCACACCAAGUCAGAACCGUAGGAUAAAUAAAGGGGGCAUAUAAUCAGACAAUGAAAGCUAUUACAAUAUUCGAUGAUUACAUUUCUCUAAAACAGGCUAUAGGCUACAGUAGGCUAAAUUAUGAGGGGGAAAGGGACCAAAUUAUUAGGGUGAGGCACAUGGGCUACUAACAGCUUACUACACAACAUACACUUAGUAUUACUUUCUUAGCUAUAGUAUACAUAUCUCCCUGGCAUAUUCCAUCAUUUAUGCAGCAGCAUACAAUACAUUUUUGGACUCACCUUGUUGUGCUGUGCUCACUUGAACAGGAAGGUGGUGUGGCAGUCCUUCGUGGGCGAAUUUUGUCAUCAAACUUUGUCAUUAAAUUCUGGCAUUCUCUGGAUUUAUGGUGCUUUCAAGACAACUGGGAACUCGAAAAAAAAACAAGGUUGAAUCAUGACGUCAGUGAUCUUCAGGUCGAAGCUCUAGAAAGAGGCCUGCUAUCCCGACUUGGAAUUCUGAGUUGUAUGAGCGUAUUUUGCCAGUCGGAGUUAGUUUUUUUUUUCUGAGUUCCCAGUUGUUUUGAACGCGGCAGGACUCAUGCCGGAUUGACAGCAUGGUCAAUUGUAUUCAACCUUUUCUGGCCCAUGGUGUUGAAUGUUUAUCAUUUUAAGCUUGGAAAAGAGACCCUUAAACCCAGACUUGGACCACACACCCUCUCCACUGAAUAGCAGGCUAGUGAUUGCUUUGCAAUGCUUGCAGUUACCCACUGAUUCCUUCCAAACCACUCAUUGUUGAUUUUGCGAUUUCCAACUUGUUGUGUAAUGUUUUGUCCAAUGACCGAUGAGCACCAAUACAUUUUAUCUAUAUUUUCUCUUCAUAAUUUCUCUUCAUAUGACAAGGAUUGAAAAGUAGAUUGUCGACUUGAUUCAUGAUGAUGACUGCUAGCUUGCUAGCUAAGAUUUUGAAAGUAUGAUGUUGACAUGAUCAGUCCAAUCAAAGCUAUCUGUGGCCAAUGACCUUGAGCCUUCUUGGAUGGGCACUUCUAAUGUAACUCUAUGGCAGCACCCAAGAGGCUUGAAUUUUCUAGCUCUACCUGUAGAUUUUGCGGUAAUGUAGUGUCCCCAUGAGUGACAGAACACCGAGCCAAUCACGGUGCAACUAGAGAACAUUACCAACCCCUACGCUCCAUAUUUUCCGCUGGCUGCCCCACCACCUCAGAAAGCAAUGAUCUAGGCUGAAACACCUGCAUUUUGGAGCUGCCUUACUCAAGAAAGCAGAAAAGAGACCAUGUUUGUGUGCGGUUUUAUUAAGUCAAUGAUACCAUUUUGUUUUACAUUGUUUGCACACUGAUAUGUGACACAUAUUAAUGCCAAAAUAACAUACAAAACAGGCAACAGCAACAACAAAAAAGUUGGCUAUAUCUAGACAGAUGAAAAGCAUGGUUUAAUGACCCACUGACAGAGUAAACACACAGCGCUUUGCUGGCAAGAGGCGUGUCAUUAGUUAUUAGGUAAACUGUAAGCUCUUUAUCCUGGAGAUGCUACUGUUGUUGAAACAAUGAUCUUUCUACCGUUUGUGCGAGAGUAAGUGUGCAUGCAACCAUCAAUGUCUCAAUAUCUCUUGGAGAACGUUGGAUGCUCUUUCAGCCUAUGUGGAUGGAUGUGUGGUUCUAUUGUGGUUCACUCUGCCCUGGUGUGAUAAACAGCGGCUGCUUUUACUGGGACAAUGAGUGGGAUUCGUUUCCCAGGCAGGGCCCAGACACAACAAAAGGGGAGGGGGGAGGGAGGAGGGUAGUGGGAAAGUGUGCGUCUUUAAUCCCUUAGCUGGCAUAAAGACCCUGAAAAUACCACUGAUGUCAGAAGCUGUUGGCCAAUGUCUUCAGUGACUGUUACAGCUAAUACUGAAACUGGAGAAAUACAUUGAACUGUGUGUUUGUUUAGUACUCUGAUCCCAUCCCUCAACACAUGAUGCCAACAGCACCAUACACUACCCCCUGUCAACACACAUGAUGCCAACAGCACCAUACACUACCCCCUGUCAACACACAGGAUGCCAACAGCACCAUACACUACUCCCUGUCAACACACAUGAUGCCAGCAGUACCAUACACUACCCCCUGUCAACACACAUGAUGCCAACAGCACCAUACAGUACCCCCUUUCAACACACAUGAUGCCAACAGCACCAUACAGUAUCCCCUGUCCACACAUGAUGCCAACAGCACCAUACACUACACCCUGUCAGCACAUGAUGCUAACAGCGCCAUACAGUACCCCUUUCAACACACAUGAUGCCAACAGCACCAUACAGUACCACCUGUCAACACACAUGAUGCCAACAGCACCAUACAGUACCACCUGUCAACACACAUGAUGCCAACAGCACCAUACACUAUCCUCUGUCAACACAUGAUGCCAACAGCACCAUACACUAUCCCCUGCAACCACCCUCACAUCUCACCAAUACACUCCCUUACUGCCAGCCAACGCACAGUAUGACACACACUCACACACACGGCAUUGCCAACUCCCAAGACCACUACCAUACCCACCCAACAACCCCCUCUUUCCUCUAGUCUUUCGCCCUCUCUCCCCCUCUCUCUCUCACUCUCACACACACACACACAGACACAUAGGGUUCUGGAGUCCAAAAAAGAUUAUUAUAAUCCACACUGUUCAUGGGGAGGAAAUAAAUAUUGUUUACUGCCCCCUCCCCCUCUUCCCCCUCCCCUCACUCUCUCCCACUACCCUCAACCUCUCCCCCCUUUCCCCCUCAGCCUCUACCCUCUCUCCCCCUCCCCUCAGCCUCUCCCCUCUCUCUUUCUCACUGAGAAUGGGACUGAAAGUUGGAGAAAAGGGGAAUUUGGGGGGAUAUCUCCUUGAGAAGUGGGUCAGUGGGUCCUCUGCAGAGUCCUCUGCUCCUCUCUCUGUCAUGUCAUCCCAGGUGCACUGUGUGACUAAUACUAUGCUCUAUUAUUGUAAAUACAGUAUAUUACUGUAACUGUCAUCUAUUAUUGUAAAUACUGUAUGUAACUGUAACUGAUUUGUUUUGUCUCUCCUAUCUUCCAGAUGACAUCAUGCAGCAGGAGAGUGAUCGUCUGUUCGCUGCAGACAUCGAUCCUGACCUCAGGAAACAGUUUGCCUUCCUCUCAGGUCGGUCUCAUUCUUUUCCCUCCAUUGCUUCCUCCUUCAUAUUUGCCUCUAAUAGUGGUACAAUCCCAAACAUCUAAGUGACCCAAUCCCAAGACGCUAUGCCAAGGCCCUUGAAGAUCUCCCUUCACAGAUGGAAAAAGUUUAAGCAAUAUGGCAGAAGCUAAUAACACUGAUGGAGCAUGAAUCAUAUAACACUGUAUGAGUGAAGUAGCUGGCCUAAACAUCAAAACAUCAUCUGUCAGCAUUUUUCUAUUUAUAAAAGUGCAGGAAUAGAACUCUGGCUGCCAGAUAGGGUACAGCAGUGUUUUGCAAACUGAUUUCUGUUGUAUGACUUAACUAAACUAAGACUUUUGCAAGGACCCGACAGUGGGUCCCGUCCCGACCUUUGGGAGAAAACUGUUCUACACCAGACCCAUAUUUAUAAAGAGUUGUGCCGACUCUGUUUGUUCCGUUACUACUGCGAUGCCAACCCAGAUAGGGCCCCACGUCGGGUUACCACGGAUAAUAACGGCACAGAGACGGCCCGUGAAUAAUUAAUCGCCACGGCGAUCCACUUGGCAACCUGGCCCGGCAACGGUUGGAAGAGCCAAGUGUGUGUGGCACUAUGUGCUGCUGUGAUUGGCUGCUGAGUGUGUGACUGAAUUUAACACUCCACCCAUUGAGAGCGAGAGAGUGUGUGUCUCUCUAACUGAAUUUCACAAGCUUCAGCUCCUAACUGUCUAUCUUUUCUGGUUGCUGUUACAUGUCUUGCCUGGAGCCUGUUCUUUGGUUGUGUACAGUCUGUGUACAGAGUCUAUUUGUCUUUACAUCUCUCGGUCAGUGUGUUUAAUAACUCUGUGGUUGCCAGGGGUGAUGUGCGUAUGUGUGUGUGUUUUUGUGUUCAUGACCGCUAUCCACCCUCUGAGGAGUCAUAUGACCACACAGCUAAGUCUGAUGAAGAUGACCCUUGGUCUAUUUCUAAUUCAGACUUCUACGCUACAGCCUAAGUACACCACUAGAAUGACUCCAAGCCCAGCGUGUGAGAGUGUGACGCAGCAAUACUGUUUUAGCUGGGUCACUAAAGACUCCUGCUGCAGUACAGGGAAUGUUUAACUGUUCCUUCCCUGUUCUCCCUGUGUGUUCUCUCCUCUGUGUGGAGGUUGUAUGUGCCUCCAGGCCUAGUUUUGUGUUGUAGUCAUUAACCUCUCUGGUCCUCCUCUAGUCCCCCGCUCAGUCAGGGGCCUGUAUGGCACACAUACACACAUGGCACCAGAUGGAGCAGGGCACAGUGCUAUGGUUCUGCUGGACUGGCCCGGCUGGUGCAGAGAGAGAUUCACACACACAAACUGUCUGUCUCAUUGUCUCUACUCACACCUGUACAUUUCUCGUUCCCUGUGCUCUCCUGCAGCACUAAAUCAAAUCAAAAUUGAUUUGUCACAUGCGCCGAAUACAACAGGUGUAGACUUUACCGUGAAAUGCUUACUUACGAGCCCUUUCCCAACAACGCAGAGUUAAAAAGGAAGAAAAAUGAUCAAAUCAAAAUAGAAAACAUUCUAAUAUCAGCCUGCAGAGCCCCAGUAACACCAGGCUUUGUUGAGAGAAGAUGGAUCCUGUCUCAUCCUUUAAUCUGCCCCUCCCCCACUCAGACAGUCACAUGAAUCCUCUGGGUCAGUGGUUCUCAAACCUCUCCUCGGGGACCCCCAGACGUUUCACAAUUUGGUUGUAGCUCUGAACUAGUUCACCUGAUUCAACUAGUCAAGGGCUUGAUGAUUAGUUGACAAGUUGAAUCCGGUGUGCUAGCUGUGGAAUAGUUGAAAUACAUGGACGGCUGGGGGUCCUCGAGGAGAGGCUUGAGAACCACUGCUCUGGGUGUUCAUCUCACUGGGGUGGGUGGGUUAGCUAUAUCUAACAGAAGAAUAAUGGACAUUAUCAAUAUGAUGUAUAUGAAAUAAAAUGAUUCCAAAGCUAUCCAUCUUGUCACUAUGUCUAUUCUGUGGGGGUCUGAAAAGGGGGUCUGGGGGGUGGUACGUCGCUGUCUAAUUGAGAGCAGAAUUAUGGCCAAUAAUCAAACGUCCCCAUUUUUUCCCCAGGGGGCCGAGGGGAGAACGGCAGUCCUAUCAUCGUGUUCCCAGACUUCCCUGCGUUCGGCGAGCUCCAGGAGGAGGAGUUCCACAACGUGCUGACCUACCUGACCAGUGUGCCCAGGUGACACACACAAUGCAAUGCACACUCAUAUGCUUGAACUUGUCAUUUCUUUGUAAAGUUGAGGAAGUGGUGUGUGGUACCAUAGCCUGCCAGCAGAUGUCAGUGUAGAACUAUUUUCACAGUUCCUUUGUUUGAACAGAACAAUGAAUCUCCAUCCAUACAACAAAGUGAACUUGUCUUAUGCAGGACUGUAUCUUAACCAUUAUAGUUGGCAUCUAUAUUACACCUCAAAGUUGCUGCAGCUGGUACAUGUGUUGUAUGUCCUGGAGGUUAUGCCAGUCCUGUUUAUACACAGGAACAACCUUCUUGGCCAGAUAUCCCAUGAUAUUAUCUAUCUCAAUAGGAAUUCCAGAUAUUAACAAAUGUUGAAUAAAUAUAAAAAGUAAUACAAUGAUCCGUAUCCUCCCCUCCCCAUUAGCUACUGGUGAAAGCUUUAACCCCUGACCCCUGGGUCCUGUGGGAGUUGGCCAGGGGGGCUGGGAGAGACGGAGCAUGACUGGUGUAGAGGACAGGAGAUGGAGGUGUUAAUGAAAGAGACUCCUGUAUAUCUAAUGUCCUCUGGGGUCCAUUGGUUAAAAGACUCCAGGGCUCAGCUACUAUAUGGAAGCAGCUUGUCAUAGACAGGAGUUCUGGCAAAGAUGUAAAGAUGUAAUUUCGGACAUAUUUAAUUUGAAUUGACAAAACAAGAAAGAAAACCAAUAUUUAUAAGUAAUAUAGUAACAUAUGGUAUCCAUUUGCUACAGCCGGAGGGAACCCAUCUGUAUCAAAUUCAUGAAUGAGGUUCUACCUGAGAUGCAUAUUCAGUUAUUCAGUUGUGGUGUGUGACUGAGCUGUUACUAAGACCAGGGGUUGUUCAGAAGGCAGACAACUCCCCCAUGUUCCUCUGAUGCUAGAGAGAGAGAAAGAGAGAGAGUGGGGGAUGCUUUCUUUCUCUGUUGCACUCUAGCUUUCUUUCUUUUAUUCCCUCGCUUUCCUUCUCUUUCUCUGUGCCUCUCCCUUUCUCUCUUGCUUUCUCUCGCUCUCUUUCUUUCUCUCGCUCUCUCUCGCUCUCUCUCUCUCUCUCGCUCUCUUUCUUUCUCUCUCUCUCGCUCUCUCUCUCUCUCGCUUGUCAGAGAGAAAGCGUGAGUGACUAUAAGGGGGUAGAAAGAGGGAGCUGGAAGAGGAGAUAUAGAAGAGAAAGAGGGGGUAUAGAGACGGGGGUCCUGGAUGUUUAAUACUAUGAGUGUAUCUCUGAAUCAGAGUGUUGUAUUUAACACUGGGUCCUAUAGAGGAACAUCCAUCAUGCUGCCAGUUCAGGCCUAUGGAAGGUCCUGAUUAGUACUACUGGAUAAAGUCAUAUCACCGUCUGUUUUAUCUUACAAGAUGCAUGCUCUCUCCUCUUUCUCUCACUUCCUCCUCUCCUCUUGCUCUCUCUCUUUGUUCGUCUCUCUACCUUUUAUUUCAAUAAAUCUCUCUCUUUCUAUCUCUCUCCUAUGGCUCCCUCCUUGUCCUUUACCUCAGUGUGCUCUCCUCACUGCCAACACACAUGCUGCUGAGGAGAGAGGGAGAGAGGGAGGAAAGGAGGGGGAGGGGGGAAGAAGAGGGGAGGGGAAGCUCUUUAGCUAAACGAGAAGAAAGCUGUGUGUGUGUGUGUGCACACCACUGUCAUGGCGGCAAUUUAAUUUAUGAGCAUUUUGCGGUUCCCUCUCCUACCAGCUAAAGGGGGGUGGAUCUCAUCUCAUUCUCCAUCAGAUGUCCCGCCCCCCUCUGCUCAUGAGCCAUUCAUACACACACCAGCCACCGCUGUCCAUCACCCGUAUGCUCCUCUUUGAUAGGCUGUGGGGGAGCAGCAGGAGAUGCAGGGCUGAGUUGAUUGGCUGGUGUAGAGAAGCGGGUACGCAGAGGAGAGUUGUUCUUGGGGGGGCGGGGCUUGGCGGUUGGCUCCCGUUCUAUCAGAGCUGUAAACAGAACGUUGGUGCUUGGCAAACGGGAUCUGCAGAGAGGGAAAACCGGAAUACCAGAGAAAAGGAAUGGGAGAAGGAGAUUACAUUCUAUUGAGGAGGUUUUGGGAAUAACAUUUGGGAAUAACAGACAUAUCCUGUCGUGUGACAUCAAUGGGAUUAACCUGAGGAAGCGGCAGAAUUUUGGUAGUGUGUUUUCUACCGUGUGUGUGUGUGUGUGUGUGUGUGCGUGCGUGCGCGCACAGCAGGGUGAUGAAUGGAUGAUGGCUUUUCUCCUGGCUGUGUUGAUGUACAUGGACCACCUCAGCAGUAUUGACUCUUUCACAUUUCUGUUUGUGUGUGCGGUUGUCGCUCUUCUUAAGAGCAUCUGCUAAUUGACUGAGAUGUAAACGUGUGCUGCCAGCGACACUCUCCUGGUAUUUUUGGACACAAUCUACACACACACACACACACACACACACACACACACACACACACACAGGGAUUGAGCGGGCUCUUCUAAUGCCACUGCCUGUGGGUAGCCUGUGAUCUUGGUCAAGUCAAGGGUCCUGUCAUUAAGAGGAUACACACAUACACACACAUCCAUGUAACCGUGGUAACAUACACACACAUCCAUGUUGCUGUGGUGACCGUGUCUCGCUCUCCUGCAGUGUGACAGCGUCUGGAGUGGGCUUCAUCCUGGUCAUCGACCGCCGUCAGGACAGAUGGACCGCCGUCAAGGGGACCCUGCUACGCAUUGCAGUGAGUAACCCACGUGUGUGUGUGUGUGUGUGUGUGUGUGUGUGCGCGCGCGCCUCAUUAACACUGUAUGCUGAGGGUAUGUGUGUAAUCUGUAGGUCAUACACCUUAAUGACAAGUGGGGUUGUGAGGUGUUAGAGAUGUGCUGAUGGAGAGGAAACGUUUGUAUAUCGGAGUAGUGGCACAGUGCAGACUUCUCUGUGAGGUGUCUUACUGUCUGGUAAAACUGUAACUACUAGCCUAGUUCUGCAGGAGGGUACUGUAGCAUCAUCACCUCCUUUCAGAUUAUACAACAUCACGCUCACUUCAACCUGCAGGAGUGAUAGGAUAGGAUAGGAUGGCUCACUCGAUCGCGUUUUCAUACUCCGUAUUUUAGAGCACACUGUAAGGAGUAUAAUUGCACCAAGAUGUUGUCUGUAUUAUGUACGGUUUUAUAGGUCUAAAAAGGGCCUAAAAUGGCCACUUUCAUCAUGAUUUUCUCACAAAAUGCUAUUUUGUUCUCUCUCUCUCUCUCUCUCUCGCUACCUCUCACACUCACACUCUGUCUGUCUCCUCUGUCUGUCUCUCUCACUGCAUGUGUUACAGGUUGUGACAGCUCAACAGCUGUGGCUGUAGCUGGAGGGGAUAGGGUGAUUGAGGAGGGAAGGGAUAGGGGGAUUGAGUAGGGAGGGGAUAGGGUGAUUGAGGAGUGAAAGGGGGAUUGAGUAGGGAGGGGAUAGGGGGAUUGAGUAGGGAGGGGGGAUUGAGUAGGGAGGGGAUAGGGGGAUUGAGUAGGGAAGGGGUAUUGAGUAGGGAAGGGAUAGGGAGAUUGAGUAGGGAGGGGAUAGGGAGAUUGAGUAGGGAGGGGAUAGGGAGAUUGAGUAGGGAGGGGAUAGGGGGAUUGAGUAGGGAGGGGAUAGGGUGAUUGAGGAGGGAAGGGAGAAAAAUUGAGAUUUUUUUCCCCAGAAAAUUACAUUGUAGGAUUUUUUAUGAAUUUAUUUGCAAAUUAUGGUGGAAAAUAAGUAUUUGGUCACCUACAAACAAGCAAGAUUUCUGGCUCUCACAGACCUGUAACUUCUUCUUUUAGAGGCUCCUCUGUCCUCCACUCGUUACCUGUAUUAAUGGCACCUGUUUGAACUUGUUAUCAGUAUAAAAGACACCUGUCCACAACCUCAAACAGUCACACUCCAAACUCCACUAUGGCCAAGACCAAAGAGCUGUCAGAGGACACCAGAAACAAAAUUGUAGACCUGCACCAGGCUGGGAAGACUGAAUCUGCAAUAGGUAAGCAGCUUGGUUUGAAGAAAUCAACUGUGGGAGCAAUUAUUAGGAAAUGGAAGACAUACAAGACCACUGAUAAUCUCCCUCGAUCUGGGGCUCCACGCAAGAUCUCACCCCGUGGGGUCAAAAUGAUCACAAGAACGGUGAGCAAAAAUGCCAGAACCACACGGGGGGACCUAGUGAAUGACCUGCAGAGAGCUGGGACCAAAGUAACAAAGCCUACCAUCAGUAACACACUACGCCGCCUGGGACUCAAAUCCUGCAGUGCCAGACGUGUCCCCCUGCUUAAGCCAGUACAUGUCCAGGCCCGUCUGAAGAGUGCAUUUGGAAGAUCCAGAAGAGGAUUGGGAGAAUGUCAUAUGGUCAGAUGAAACCAAAAUAGAACUUUUUGGUAAAAACUCAACUCGUCGUGUUUGGAGGACAAAGAAUGCUGAGUUGCAUCCAAAGAACACCAUACCUACUGUGAAGCAUGGGGGUGGAAACAUCAUGCUUUGGGGCUGUUUUUCUGCAAAGGGACCAGGACGACUGAUCCGUGUAAAGGAAAGAAUGAAUGGGGCCAUGUAUCAUGAGAUUUUGAGUGAAAACCUCCUUCCAUCAGCAAGGGCAUUGAAGAUGAAACGUGGCUGGGUCUUUCAGCAUGACAAUGAUCCCAAACACACCACCCGGGCAACAAAGGAGUGGCUUCAUAAGAAGCAUUUCAAGGUCCUGGAGUGGCCUAGCCAGUCUCCAGAUCUCAACCCCAUAGAAAAUCUUUGGAGGGAGUUGAAAGUCCGUGUUGCCCAGCGACAGCCCCAAAACAUCACUGCUCUAGAGGAGAUCUGCAUGGAGGAAUGGGCCAAAAUACCAGCAACAGUGUGUGAAAACCUUGUGAAGACUUACAGAAAACGUUUGACCUGUGUCAUUGCCAACAAAGGGUAUAUAACAAAGUCUUGAGAAACUUUUGUUAUUGACCAAAUACUUAUUUUCCACCAUAAUUUGCAAAUAAAUUCAUUAAAAAUCCUACAAUGUGAUUUUCUGGAUUUUUUUCCCUCAUUUUGUCUGUCAUAGUUGACGUGUACCUAUGAUGAAAAUUACAGGCCUCUUACAUCUUUUUAAGUGGGAGAACUUGCACAAUUGGUGGCUGACUAAAUACUUUUCCCCACUGUAUAUGUUAAUGUGUGCUAAUUGGACCCUGAUGAACAUGAAACACCGACAAUGAGUUCCAGGAAAGUCAGUCAGGCAUCACGUUAAUAACUUGAUACAUGCUUCACAUCUAUGUGUUCUUCAUAAUGUUGGCAAUACAUGCAGAGUUAUGAAACAGCCAAACAAAACAUAAAUAUUACUUUUAUAUUUAUAUAAAUAUAACACUGACAAAUGUUAACCUUUUGCUCACCCAUCUCCCAUCAGCAAACCAUAAUGUCUCCAUCACUCUCCUUAUAUGGGCCUGUCAGCCCCCCAAUAAUAAUGGGCUGUUUCAGCCAUAAUGGCCCGUUCCAGCCCAUUGGGUCUGUCCAUGUGACAGGGGAGGGGAGGAGGCUGGUGUUUAGCUGUUAACAUAGCUGAGGUGGGACAGUUGUCCUCUGUAAGCCUCUGUUAAGUGUGUGUGUGUUCAUUGAUUUCCCUACAGUGAUAGUAGUGUGUAAAGAGGCUGUGGAAACCUGCUGAUUAGUAGAGUAGAGUAUCAGUGUGGUGUCCCCAAGGGCAAACACACACACUCACACACUCAAGCAUGCAGUGUGUGAUUUUGAGGGAGGCAGGGGGGAGGUAGAGGGGCUGGGCUAUGGAGAGGAGGAGGGGGGUAGGGGCUGGGACUAUGGAAGAGAGAGAGGGAGGCAGGGGGAUGGAUAAGAGGGGCUGGGCUAUGGAGAGGAAGGAGGGAGGCAGGGGGGAGUUAGAGGGGCUGGGCUAUGGAGAGGAGGAUGUGGGGGAGGCAGGGGGGAGGUAGAGGGGCUGGGCUAUGGGGAGGAGGAGGGGGGGGUGCAGGGGGGGGUUAGAGGGGCUGGGCUAUGGAGAGGAGGAGGGGGAGGCAUUGGGGGAGGUAGAGGGGCUGGGCUAUGGAGGGAGGAGGAGGGAGGCAUGGGGGAGGUAGAGGGGGGCUGUGGAGAGGAGGAGGAGGGAGAGAGGCAGGGGGAGGGUAGAGGGGCUGGGCUAGGGAGGAGGAGGUGGGGGGAUGCAGGGGGAGGUAGAGGGGCUGGGCUGUGGAGAGGAGGAGGAGGGAGGCAGGGGGGAGGUAGAGGGGUGGGCUAUGGGGAGGAGGAGGUGGGGGGAUGCAGGGGGAGGUAUGAGGGGCUGGGCUUGGAGAGGAGGAGGAGGAGGAGGCAGGGGGGAGGUAGAGGGGUUGGGCUAUGGAGAGGAGGAGGGGGAGGGAGGCAGGUAGAGGGGCUGGGCUAUGGGGAGGAGGUGGGGGAGGCAUGGGAGGAGGUUAGAGGGGCUGGGCUAUGGAGAGGAGGAGGAGGAGGGAGGCAGGGGGGGAGGUAGAGGGGCUGGGCUAUUGAGGGGAGGAGGUGGGGAGGCAUGGGAGAGGUAGAGGGGCUGGGCUAUGGAGAGGAGGAGGAGGGAGGAGGGGGCUGGGUAGGGCUAUGGAGAGGAGGAGGUGGAGCAUGGGAGAGGUAGAGGGGCUGGGCUAUGAGGAGGAGGGAGGGAGGCAGGGGGGAGGGGUUAGAGGGGCUGGGCUAUGGAGAGGGAGGCGGGAGGGGGGGGGCGGCAGGGAGGGAGGGGGGGGAGGGAGGUAGAGGGGCUGGGCUAUGGAGAGGAGGAGGUGGGGGGAGGCAGGGGAGAGGUAGAGGGGCUGGGCUAUGGAGAGGGGGAGGGCAGGGGGGAGGCAGGGGAGGAGGUAGAGGAGCUGGGCUAUGGAGAGGAGGAGGGGGGGAGGAGGAGAGAGGAGGGAGGAGGGGGGAGGUAGAGGGGCUGGGCUAUGGAGAGGAGGAGGAGGGGGAGGUAGAGGGGCUGGGCUAUGGGAGAGGAGGGAGGCGAGGAGGGAGGCAGGGGGAGGGGUAGAGGGGCUGGGCUAUGUAGAGGAGGAGGAGGAGGGGGAGGGGAGGAAGGGGGAGGGUAGAGGGGGCUCGGGGAGGAGGAGGUGGGGGUGGGGGAGGCAGGGGGGAAGUAGAGGGGGUGGGCUAUGGAGAGGAGGAGGUGUGGGGAGGAGGGGAGAGGUAGAGGGGCUGGGCUAUGGAGAGGAGGAGGAGGAGGGAGGCAGGGGGGAGGUAGAGGGGCUGGGCUAUGGAGAGGAGGAGGAGGGAGGCGGGGGGGGGUAGAGGGGCUGGGCUAUGGAGAGGAGGAGGUGGGGGAGGCAGGGGGGAGGUAGAGGGGCUGGGCUAUGGAGAGGAGGAGGUGGGGGAGGCAGGGGGGAGGUGUAGAGGGGCGGGUCUGGGGGGGGAGGUAGAGGGGCUGGGCUCUGGGGAGGAGGAGGAGGAGGAGGGGAGGCAGGGGGAGAGGUAGAGGGGCUGGGCUAUGGAGAGGAGGAGGGGGGAGUGGUUAGAGGGGCUGGGCUCUGGGGGAGGAGGAGGAGGGGGGAGGGUAGAGGGGCUGGGCUAUGGAGAGGAGGAGGAGGUGGGGGAGGGAGAGGGGCUGGGCUAUGGAGAGGAGGAGGGGGGAGGCAGGGGGGAGGUAGAGGGGCUGGGCUAUGGAGAGGAGGGAGGGGGGAGGCAGGGUGGAGGUAGAGGGGCUAGGCUAUGGAGAGGAGGGAGGCAGGGGGGGAAGGUAGAGGGGCUGGGCUAUGGAGAGGAGGAGGUGGGGGGAGGCAGGGGGGAGGUAGAGGGGCUGUGUGUGUGUGUGUGUGUGUUUGGCAUGUCUAGUGAAUCAUGUAUCUUCCUCUGUAGCUGACAUUUGUCAAGGUUAUCCUGAUCAAUGUUCUGUCUAUAUGGUACUCCCUACAGAAUGACGUUGUAGAUCGAAAAACGUGUUCAGAAAAAAUUACCCAAAAAGUCGUUCCACCGUAUUAGCUAGCCGAUGUGUGGUUUGAGUGUUCUGUUGCAACAUGGCCGCCACCUAUCACCCAAGUGGGUGCUGCUACACAUCAGCGGUGGAUGGGGUGAGUCCCCCCCCCCGACUGAGACCCCAGUGAAAAUCGUUAUUCUAAUAUGUGUUCCAUUAUUACUUGAUAUAUGAUAUGCUGUGUAGCUGGGGUUAACAUGAGCUUUCAUUGGAUAUACCAGAGUCAGACUAAAUGGAAUGGUAUUGUUAUGGAAAUCACAGUUGAAGGUUAAGAACCUCCUUCCAUGUUGUCAUUAAAUGGUUUUUAAUGUCCGCCCGCCCGCUGUUAAAGUGCUUUUAUGAUUUUAGUGUCAGCAAACUCCAAGCUCUCCAAACAUAUUGAUGGGUUACUGUGACAGACAGGGGCCGUUAUACUGUGCAAAUAGGGUUCAAAUCCAAAGAUCUACAGAGAGGAGGAGCCUAAUAACAAUCAAGAUCUAAUCACAGCAGGCUUGCUCCAGUCCCAAAUAGACCCAGUCCCAAACAGACCCAGUCCCAAACAGACCCAGUCCCAAACAGACCCAGUCCCAAACAGACCCAGUCCCAUACAGAUCCAGUCCUAAAUAGACCCAGUCCCAUACAGAUCCAGUCCUAAACAGACCCAGUCCUAAAUAGACCCAGUCCCAUACAGAUCCAGUCCUAAAUAGACCCAGUCCCAUACAGAUCCAGUCCUAAAUAGACCCAGUCCCAAACAGACCCAGUCCUAAAUAGACCCAGUCCCAUACAGACCCAGUCCCAAACAGACCCAGUCCCAAACAGACCUAGUCCCAAACAGACCCAGUCCCAAACAGACCCAGUCCCACUCUAUCAAGUAGUUUGUUAGUGUCACGUCACAUUUUUAUUUAACCUUUAUUUAACUAGGCAAGUAAGUUAAGAACAAAUUCUUAUUUACAAUGACGGCCUACACCGGCCAAACCCGGACGAGGCUGGGCCAAUUGUGCGCUUCCCUAUGGGACUCCCAAUCACCGCCGGUUGUGAUACAGCCUGGAAUCAAACCAGGGGGUCUGUAGUGACGCCUCAAGCACUGAGAUGCAGUGCCUUAGACCGCUGCACCACUCGGGAGCCCAACAUGCAGGAUAGAACAGUGUGACCAUGCGCUGGAUUAUUGAUUAGGAGAUAAAUAAUGAAUUGGAUGGGUAAAGCACACUAGAGCGGGGGAGAGAGAGAGAGAUGUGUAAUGAAGAUGAGGGAUCUCUAUCAGGAUCUCUUCAUUGAUGUAGCAGUGGUAGUUCAGUAAUACACUCAGAUUUGAGUGACCUUGCCUGACACCUGAAGACACGUGUUAGCUCCCCGAGCGAAUGCCUAGGUCUUUAGCUCAGUGGGCUAAAGCGGUCUUGAGAUCCAGGUUCGAAACCUGGUCAUUGACACAUUCUGUGAGCAGUCCUUCAUUUACUAGAUGCAUUUAAUUAAUAUAAAAAUAGACUGGCUGUGUGACAGACAUGGAAACCGUCAGUGUGUGUAAUCUCAUCUCUUUCUCCCAAGGAUGGCAGUUUCCAUGACAACGUGGUCAUGCAGGGUUGGUAAGAAGCUGUGUGUGGAUGUAGUGGGCUAUUCUCUGGGAACAGCCGUUUGGCAAUAUGAGAUGGCAUCAUACUGCUGAAAUAGAACCUUAUGCUGCAAAUUGGAAUUGUGAUUUGCAGAAAAAUUGUACUGUGGUUACAAACCUACACUCCUCUAUGUAUUUACUUGAACAGUAAAGCUAAAACGUUUAAUUUGUCUCUCUAGUCCAGCCUUUUGGAUUUGAGAUCAAAUGUUUGAUAUGAGGCGACUGUACACAAUGUCACCUUUUAUUUGAGGGUAUUUUCAUACAGUGCCUUCAGAAAGUAUUUAUACCCCUUGACUUAUUCAACAUUUUGUUGUGUUACAGCCUAAAGCACUAUGUAUCGAAGUCCCACAAUUUGAAGGUGUCAUAAGUAUUUGGAUUGAGUCAAAAAUGUUGUAUUUGGUCCCAUAUUCCUAGCACGCAAUGACUACAUCAAGCUUGUGGCUCAAUAAACUUGUUGGAUGCAUUUGCAGUUUGUUUUGGUUGUGUUUCAGAUUAUGUUGUGCCCAAUAGAAAUUAAUGGUAAAUAAUAUAUUGUCACUUUUACUGUAAAUAAGAAUAGAAUAUGUUUCUGAACACUUCUACAUUAAUGAGAUCAUGCCCCCAAAACAUGCUUACCUCUCACCAUUACCAAUAACAGGGAAGGUUAGCAUUUUGGGGGGGGAUAUGAUUUUAUGCCUAUAAACACAACCAAAAUAAACUGCAAAUGCAUUUUUAGCUUCACUGCCCAAAUAAAUACGUAGGGGAGUGUGUAUAUAACUGUAUGUACAGUACAUGUGCUGUAUAUGGCUCUGACUCAGACAAUAGGCUAUAUUCAGGCUAUGUCAGUUGCUGUGUGGUUUCAGGGUUUUCUGGCGAAAUCUCUUCUCUGUAUUUUCAACCCAAAGCAUUCAAUAAAAGUACCUAUUCUAAAACGAGAGAGAUGCACCUCUUUUAUAACAUGCACUAGAUAUUUUUGGCUGCACCACCAGUGAUGUUGGUUGAAGCUCACUCAGCCUACUAUUUAUGUCAGCUGUAGGCUGCAGCAGUGGAGUGUGGUGAUGCUACAUCACUCUGUGGGUAUGUUGGUUCUACAGUGGGUUGUGUUGUUGUUGUUGUGUACCCUAGGCUGAGGAAGAUUGUCCUACUGUAGCUAGUCUUGUAGUAUCGAUUAAAGACCCCCCUGUAGAGCAGAGUAAUUCACAACUCCUGUUACAACAAGCUACUAACAAUCGGGCUUACAGUGCCUUCCGAAAGUAUUCACACUUCUUGACUUUUUCCACAUUUUGUUGUGUUACAGCCUGAAUUUAAAAUGGUUUUCCAAUGCCUUUCAAAGAAGGCCACCUAUUGGUAGAUGGGUAAAAAUAAGAAAGCAGACAUUGAAUAUCCCUUUGAGCAUGGUGAAGUUAUUAAUUACACUUUGGAUGGUGUAUCAAUACACCCAGUCACUACAAAGAUACAGGUGUCCUUCCUAACUCAGUUGCUGGAGAGGAAGGAACCACUCAUUUCACCAUGAGUCCAAUGGUGACUUUAAAACAGUUUAAUGGCUGUGAUAGGAGAAAACUGAGGACGGAUCAACAACAUUUUAGUUACUCCACAAUACUAACCUAAUUGACAGAGUGAAAGAAGGAAGCCUGUACAGAAUAAAACAUAUUCCAAAACAUGCAUCCUGUUUGCAAUAAGGCACUAAAGUAAAACUGCAAAAAAUGUGGCAAAGAAAUUAACUUUAUGUCCUGAAUACAAAGCGUUAUGUUUGGGGGAAAUCCAACACAUCACUGAGUACCACUCUCCAUAUUUUCAAUUAUGGUGGUGGCUGCAUCAUGUUAUUUGUAUGCUUGUCAUCGGCAAGGACUAGGGAGUUUUUUAGGAUAAAAAGAAAGGGAACAGCGCUAAGCACAGGCAAAAUCCUAGAGGAAAGCCUGGUUCAGUCUGCUUUCCAUCAGACACUGGGAGACAAAUUCAAAUUUCAGCAGGACAAUAACCUAAAACACAAGGCCAAAUAUACACUGGAGUUGCUAAUCAAGACAAAUCACUACACUGAUUUACCACUCUUUCCUGAAAGGCAUGUGUAAGUGUGUUCAUUUAAUUUGUAUCAAUGAAAUCCAUAAGACUUCUGACAGGUUAUCCACCAACAAAAACAAAGUAUUUAAUGUGUGUGUUCCACAGGGCUCAUUCCCAGGGAAUUUACAGCUGGUUCUGGUCUUGCGGCCCUCCACCUUAUUCCAGCGGACGCUCUCCGACAUCUUCUUCAAGUUCAACAGGGAUGAGUUCAAGAUGAAGGUGCCGGUAUGUUUUUUAUAUGCAUGUGCUUGUCUGAUGUAAGGAUGUUAGUGGACGUUUGUAUGCGUCUCAUAUGUAGGCUAACGUGUGUACUGUGUGUUGACUCUCCUCCCUGUGUCUCAGGUGGUGAUGCUGAGCUCUGUGACGGAGCUCCAUGCCUACAUCGACCGGACUCAGCUGCCCCAGGAGCUGGGAGGAACCCAGGAUUACUGCCAUGAUACCUGGAUCUCACACCGCACCGUGAGUACCCUACUACCAUACCCUUCCCACAAGACCCCUGACUAACUACAUAGUGCCCAAUCCUAACUUGAUAUCUGCACACUGACCUGAACUCUUUCCGUUAGUCUGCCCCAUCUCACUCAAUAGGAUGUGUGUGUUUAUAACCUGUGAUGACACAGGUGGGUUGUGUUUGUCCGGUCCUCAGGCUAUCGAGGCCUUUGCUCUGAUGGUGAAGACCACGGCUCAGACCCUGCAGUCGUUUGGGACGGAGCUAGCUGAGACCGAGCUACCCAACGACGCCCAGGCCACCUCCAACCUGCUGGCCACACACACCGAGAAGAAGGGACAGAUGAAGGUAAGGGCAUGGAGAGACCAAGUCAUUAAUAUACAGACUAUACCAACAACUCCAUGUUUUAAGUGGAAGUGUUGAGGUCAAUUCAUUUGAAAUUCAAGGCACGAUUAAACAUUCCUUUGCUAAUGGUAGUGUUUCUCAGGGGAAAGAUAUACUGAAGAACAGACUUUGGCUGUAGCUGAGACCGUAUACUCUGUACUGUCCAAUGGUAGAUCCCUCUAACUGUGAUGUAUCCAUGUCUCUCUCCCAGGAGGACCUGUGUGUGGCCCUGGGCCAGGGGGGCCGACUCCUGGAGAGCAUCAACGAGCCCCUGCAGAGAGAAACCGACUAUACAAUGAACCAGGACGAGCUGGAGAACCUGGCCACCGUGCAGAGGUCAGAGGGGACAGGGGUCAAGGGUCAGGCUUAGAGGUACUCUCAUACCUCAGAAGUGGUCUAAAGUUGUUGUUGUUUAAAAAAUUAAUUUUAAAAAUGUAUGCACUCACUAACUGUAAGUCGCUCUGGAUAAGAGCGUCUGCUAAAUGACUAAAAUGUAAAUGUUUAGAUCAUACUAAAUCUGUAUGUAUGCCUCAAUCCUAAAUGAAUGUGAAAGUUUGGCGCCAUAUCAAUUUUAGUUUGAACUGUCCCUUUAAUGCUAACGAAAUAGGUUGAGAAAGGGACAGGGUACAGUAGGAGCCACAGAGACAGGAAAGAAGACACAGAUACAUGACAGAUAUCCUGAGGUCCAACUGGUUAUAGAACAGUCAAGAUUCAUGUUGUCUAGUAACAAUGGUGGUGUGUAUUGAUAGAAGUUACCUAGAACUCUACUCUAGAAAUCUCCCACCAUGACCCUGAUCCUUCUAGGCAGUGUUCUGCCGCGCCGUGCUGCAGUGAAAUCUGCCCCCGUGGUGUAUUUUGGGAAUACGGUGACGGGGACAGGAUGCAUAGUGGCAGCACUCACAGCUGCAGAGCAGAAUUGGGAGAACAAGCCCAAAGGAAAGGAAACUGCAGAGUGUUUCAUAUCCCAAAACAUGAAGUUGGUUAUACUGUAAAGUGGAGGAGUUGGUUAUGCUGUAAAGUGGAGGAGUUUGUUAUGCUGUAAAGUGGAGGAGUUGGUUAUACUGUAAAGUGGAGGAGUUGGUUAUACUGUAAAGUGGAGGAGUUGGUUAUACUGUAAAGUGGAGGAGUUGGUUAUACUGUAAAGUGGAGGAGUUGGUUAUGCUGUAAAGUGGAGGAGUUGGUUAUGCUGUAAUGUGGAGGAGGUGGUUAUACUGUAAAGUGGAGGAGGUGGUUAUGCUGUAAAGUGGAGGAGGUGGUUAUGCUGUAAAGUGGAGGAGUUGGUUAUGCUGUAAAGUGGAGGAGGUGGUUAUGCUGUAAAGUGGAGGAGUUGGUUAUACUGUAAAGUGGAGGAGUUGGUGAUGCUGUAAAGUGGAGGAGUUGGUUAUGUAAGGGAUUUGAUUAAACACAGGACUGAACUUGGUUAGAUUUCAAUGAAUAGCUACUUCUGAUCUCCACUGGUUUCACUGAGUGAUACUUUGAGAUCCAAGCUGAAAUACGAUUAUUAGCAUUUUUCUUUGACUCAGGUUCUCCUCUAUCUUUCAUUCCCUUUCCAUUUUUCCCUCCCUCCCUCCCUCCCUCUCUCCCUCCAUCCAUCCAUCCAUCUCUCUCUCUGUCUCUCUCCAUGCCUUCAUUCAUCUAUCGUUCUUCCUCCAUCCGUGUGUAGACUGCUGGGCCAGCUGGAUGAGACAGAGACAGCGUUUGAUGAUUUCUGGGAGAGACACCAGACCAAGCUGGAACAGUGUCUGCAGCUCCGCCAUUUUGAACACUACUUCCGUGAGGUGAGGGGAACAGCGACACGAGCAUCAUGGGAGAUGUAGUCCCAGUCACUGUUUGUCAAUUUGUAGUGUGUGCGUGUCUCUGUCUGUCUGUGUGUGUGUCUUCUGACUCUACCUGUCCCUCUGUGUUUGUGUGUGUGUUCAGGUGCGUGCCCAGCUGGAUGUGGUAUCAGAGCGGGUAGCGCGGCUCUCUGAGGUUGGCAUCAGUCCCGCCCACGCAGAACACAUCCUACGAGAACUCAACAGCCAGGAGGAGAAAGCCUGCGUAAGACACACACACACACACACACACACACACACUUCUUCCCAAUAGCACACAUCAUCCUCCCCAUAGCUUGAAUGACAAGAUUACACCAGCUGACAAGGGUCGUAUCCCGUUUCCCCUCUAGUUGUACUCCAGUACAUUAUAGACCCCAUUCAUCUCAAUGACAGUAUUGACUUUGCAGAUGAGACUCACGUGCAGCGGGCCAUACCUCUAUUGGUUGGUUCACACAUACAUCACUGUAGUAGUCCCUAUGUGACUAGAAAACAUAGCAUGUUGCCUAGGAUGUGACUGGAUCUAAACAUAUACAACACCUGCUGGAUGUGCUGCUGUUAUUGUCUUUGAGAAAGGACAUCAUAUUAUUGUCAGUGAUAACAGGCGAUGUAAUGUCCUGUGCUGCUCCCCUUCAUUCAAGGGGAUUUAUAUAAGGAGGGAGGGUGAGACAGAUUGUGUAUGUCGAGGGAGGGAGAGAUGGAGGGAGGGAGUGUGUGUGUGUGUCGGUUGGUGCACGUGUGUGUGUGUGUGUAUAGAAAGAGAGCUUGUCGCCCUCGAUGGUCCAGACCGUUGCAGAGCUACAGUGCGGAGGGAGGGAGGGAGGGAAGAGGGUAGGAGGAGGAGGAGAGGGUUGUGUGGGGGAGGUGCUGUAGCUGGCUGUACUGGUGGUAGAGUGAUGUUAUAGCUGGUUCUGGUUCUGCACCACAGAAACAGCCUGCUCCCUCGUUCUACAUUCACAUCACAUAUAUGGACAUGAACUGAAUCCAGAAUCCCUGCAAUAAGGUCCAGAACAUCCACAGUGAAAUCUGUAUACGUUGUGUAAAAUGCUUAGUUGGCUGUUAUGCAUAGGUCCUUAUUGCAGAGGCAGCUAGGAAGGUCACAUGGAUGUAAUGGCUUUCCAUUAUGACUGCUUUGUUCAUAUUUCUUUUUUUUACUCUGUAAUAAUCGUGUGUGUUCUCACCUGCCUGUGUCUCUCUCUCUCUCCAGGAUGUGUUGGACCGGGCCCUGUCCCUGGCCGCUGAGGGAGAUGGGCUGAUAGACAGUGCUCACUACGCUGAGGACUCCAUCCUGCCUAAGUGCAGUGAGCUGAGGGCCGUGUGUGAUGAGGUCACCUCCUUCCUCAAGACCAAGAAGGUCCUCCUCCUCAGGGCCAUGGAGCUGCACCACUGUCUGGAGAAGGUGAGGGCUGGAGGGGAAAAGUAUGGUCCUGGAAACACUGACAAACCCUGGUUUAGAUGGGGAUUAGUAAUAUGGUGAUUGGUCAAUGUAGCCCUCUAGUAGGUGAGAGCUGAUGGAAUCUUUCAGAUGUAUGACAAGUGUCAAGGUAUAAGAGCUAGGUUUUGAUUUCAGCCAGUCAAGGAUUAAUUCUCCCUCUGGCCUGUGGUAUAAUGUACCCCUCCCUCCCCAGGCAUCGAGGUGGUGUGAGGAGGGGAUCUACCUCCUUGCCUCUCAGCCGGUAGAUAGGUGUCAGUCUCAGGACGGGGCGGAGGUGGCGUUGCAGGAGCUGGAGAAGUACCUGGACACGGCCGCCCAACACCAGAUCACCGACCUCGACGCCAUCAGGAGGGACUACGACUCCAUCCUCAACCCAGAGCUCAGGGUAAGUGGCGACAGCUGGAGGCACCAGAUAUUUAUUACAUGAGAAAACAUUGAAUUUGUGGGGCCACUUGUUUUGAACACGAGACCUGACCAGGAGGUCUAGAUAUUUUUCCAGGUUUUUCCUCCCCUCUCCAUGUGGUCAGGAAAAACUCCUGUCCCCAAGUAUAAUCAAACAAUUGAAUAGAGACAAGGAGAGGAAGACGUUUUUGACUAUUGAGAUACACCCUCAAAACGUCAGCGUCUAACCCUCCCUCCCCUCUGGGUGUGUUAACAGGAGCAGGUAGAGAAAGUGUUCCAGAAGCAGGUGUCCAUGCAAGAGAUGUUUGAGAAGAGGAGGGUCAGUCUGAAGAAGCUGGCAGCCAAACAGACACGGCCCGUCCAGCCAGUGGCUCCCAGGCCUGAAGCCAUCAUCAAGUCCCCCAUGUCCUCCCCUGGUGAGUACUGCGCUCUGCUCCACGUGUCACACUGGUCGUCACCAUCUUUCUCUGCCUGUCCCUCCCUGUCUCUCUGGUUCUUAUGGAAAAGGCCAUACAGACACUUCUAACUUGCAAACCAAUAUUUUAUUUCAGAAUAGGUUAAAAUUAGGUUAGGUUAAGGGGUUUGGGUAAGGUAAGGUAAGGUAAGGGUCAGAUUUUGGUUAGUCGUUUUGCAGGUCAGCAGUGUCUCUAUAGCCUCUCCCGUUCCUGAUCCAUUCAUUACCAUCUAGUGGCAUAUAAGAACUGCAAUUGUGCCUUCUUAAACAAUACCUCAUACCCUAAAAAUAUAUUAUUGAUUGAUUGAAAUGACUUUUGUUGGUUGUUUGAAGUUCAGAUGAGUAGUUCAUAUUCCGUCUUUCCGUCCUUCUAUUUCUUGUAGCUCACAGGAGUCAAGAGAAGAAGAAUGCCGAGGACAACAUCUUGAACGUAGAAAACUGCAGAAUAGUGGAGGUCCAGGUGCAGAACUGCGGCAGCAGACACGGCUCUCUGUCUGAGGAGGAGGAGAACCUGGCUGUGCUCCGACGGUAGGGUCAGGGGUCAAAGGUCAAUGACGUCAUAAUAUAGCCUGAAAUUAAUGCCUUAAAAUAUAUCGAUGAAAGGAAUCCUCUUGAGAAACACAAUUGGAAAGAGAUGGUUAGAAAGAGAGUUAGAUAUUUCAUACUUGGUAUAGUUCAUCAAAAUGAUAAUUCUAUGUUGGUGUUAAAUAUAAUGUUGUUGUUUUGUUCCUACAGACAUGUAAUGAACGAGCUGUUGGAGACUGAGAGGGCAUAUGUAGAGGAGCUACUCUGUGUACUGCAGGUGAUUGUCACUUCUGACCACUAGAGGUCGCCACUACUUCACCUACUGUCCUAAAUGUAGUAAAAAAAUAAAUAUAUAUAUAUAAUUAUUAUUUUUUGUAUAUGUUUUUGUUGAAAAUGUACUUAUCAUAGAUGUGCAUUUUCAGAUUGUCCUGUGUUAACAUUUUAAUGUGUGUUAUUCCAGGGUUAUGCUGCAGAGAUGGACAACCCAGCCAUGGCCCAUCUCCUCCCCAGUGCGCUGCUCAACAGAAAGGAUGUCCUGUUUGGCAACAUGCCAGAGAUCUACCAGUUCCACAAGAGGUGACUUUCACUCCACUGCAACACUCAUGUUACAUAAUGUUUACUUAACAAUGUCCUGUCAUUGUGAACAGUUGUUACCGAAGAUGCACAUUAAUUCAACCAUAUCGAUUUAUAGGGACCAAUUUCAACAAUAUUACAUUUGGUUAACAUUACCUCAAGCCCCCCACUGCUUCCCAACCUCAGUAGUACUAACCUGUGUCCCGUUGUCUGUCUGUGUCUCUCAUCAGGACGUUCCUCAGGGAGCUGGAGACCUACACAGACGUCCCUGAGCUGGUGGGACGCUGCUUCCUGGAGAGAAUGGGCGACCUGCAGAUCUAUGAGAAGUACUGUCAGAACAAACCUCGCUCUGAGAGCUUGUGGAGACAGUGCUCCGACUGCACCUUCUUCCAGGUGACCUUUCACCUUUCUUUCAGGGUCCUCAAGCUCAGUAUACAGUAAGCUUGUAAAAAGGUCUUUUUUUUUAUUGAUGUGUGAUUGUUUGUUUUUACGAAGGAGUGCCAGAGAAAGUUGGAACACAAACUGGGGUUGGACUCGUACCUCCUCAAGCCAGUCCAGAGGAUAACCAAGUACCAGCUGAUACUGAAGGAGCUACUGAAGUACAGUAAGGGCUGUGAGGGGUCAGAGGACCUACAGGAGGCGCUGUCCUCCAUCCUGGGGAUCCUGAAGGCCGUCAACGACUCCAUGCACCUCAUCGCCAUCACAGGAUAUGAGGUCAGCUAACCACGAUACCGCUAUCCUCCUCAUGCUUUAGGGUGGAGAGGAAAAAGUUACCCAACAGUGUAACAUCUUCUGUACCACAGACAAUGCUCAGUUAUCUUUCUUACUUUUGAUUGAUUGUGUUAAUUUAUUGAUCCCCAGGGUAGCCUGACGGAGCUGGGCAGGCUAUUGAUGCAGGGGUCAUUCAGCGUGUGGACGGAACACAAGAAAGGUCACGCCAAGGUCAAGGACCUGGCCCGCUUCAAGCCCAUGCAGAGACACCUGUUCCUGCAUGAAAAAGCCUUGCUCUUCUGUAAGAGACGGGAGGAGAACGGGGAGGGUUACGAGAAAGCCCCGUCCUACAGCUUCAAACACUCCCUCAACGUGAGUCUGUUUGUGUCUGGCUGGCUGGCUCACUGUCUGGGGGAGGGUUACGAAAAAGCCCCCUCGUACAGCUUCAAACACUUCCUCAAUGUCCUGACUGGCUUUCUGGCAGUCUGGCUAGCUGUCUGGCUAGCUGUCUGUCUGUCUGUCUGUCUGGCUCUCCUUAUAUUUUUACUUUGAUCUAUAGUAUGUUAUGAGUUCAACAGUGAUUGACAGAAGUGUAAUAUCCUUCGGUUCUCUCAAACAGAUGAGUGCGGUGGGCAUCACGGAGAGCGCCAAGGGUGACAACAAGAAGUUUGAGAUCUGGUGUAAUUCCAGAGAGGAGGUGUUUAUCGUCCAAGCUGCGACACCUGAGAUCAAAACAUCUUGGUUGAAGGAGAUCAGGAAGGUUCUGACUGGCCAGCUGAAAGCCUGCAGGGGUACGAUAGUGGAUCUGAGGCAUUACAGAAACACGGCCACACAUUCCAGAGUUGAUACACAUCUGGAUGCUAAAUUCUCUGUUGUUGUGUCAGUGUUCUGUUAGUAACUGUGAUGAUUUGUUCCAGAAUCCAGUCAAAAGAAGGCAUCAGACACAAUGUCUCCCAGUCCAACCAGCAACAGCCCAUCUGUCUGCCUCAGGUCAGAUUUUACAGAGAGAACCAUGGCUAGAGCCAGUUAGAGAUAAGGAAUCAAGAGGGUAUACAGUGGCUAAAAAUGGCUUUGUUCUUCUCUUUUUAACCUCUUUGUUUCUCCCUCUUAGUCCAUUUAGAAACUGUCAGAAGAGUGUGAAGAAGGGAGACGAGAAGAAGACAGAUGCUGUCAACUCUGACCCCAACUCCCCCUCCUCCCCAAAACACAAAGGUGAGUUGCCCUAUUUUGUUGAGUAAAGAAAACGUUUUUUACUGCUGUCAAAAGCUCAUGACAAGAAAACGAACUUGUGUUGCAGUUUUAGUGACCUCCCUCAUCUGGUUAGGUACCCAAGCCAUCCUUGAAUAUUUUCCUGCUUCCUCCUUCCUGCUUCCUGCUUCCUCCUUUAAGUUUAAUCUGAGCUUUCUUUCUCUUGUCCUCUUCAAACCACUUUACUCUCUCUCCUUCCUGUCCCUCUUUCUCUACCAUGGUUAUAGAGGGGACAGUCACCAGUCCCACCACUGACAGGGUAUCAGUGGCUAAAAAGCGUUUUACCCUUCAAGGCUUCAGCAAUCUGAAGAGUCAGAAAGGUAACACUAGAGUCCUGGAGGCAUCCCCCAUGUUGUCAUCGAUCAUAUAUGGCAAAGAUAUGUUGUCCAUUUCGAAGUCAACCCCAAGCUCUCUUAACCAAACCUAAAUUGAUUUUAGACAGGGCAAAUCCUUUCCAGUAGUCGACUGCAUCAGGGCUUUUGAAGACUGAUAUUUUGGCAUGCUUUCCUUUGCAGAAUUUCUGCACCCUGCUGGUAAAAGUCUAACAUUACCAAUGGUAUUCUCUCGACCAGGUAUACUACAGUAUAGUUUGUGGUUAAUAGAUAAAACAUUAGAAUGAGUCUGUUUUAGCAGGUCUAUCCCCCAGCCUCAUUAUUUACAUGUGUCCAAUAGGAUUAGUAGGUAGCUAAUUAUUCUAGUCAGUUUCAGGAAGUUCUUCCCUCUGUUUUUCUAUCGCUCCCUUUAUCAUUUCUUUCUUCUUCUGUCUCUCUUCUUCGACCGACAGGAUCCCCCCUUAGCCCUGACCAUAAAGCCAAACGCCACGAGAUUAAGAGUGACCCAACUCCCUUUGGGUGUAAAGGUAUUCUAUCUAGCCCAUGUCACACCUGUGUUUGACUCUGUAGUGCAGUCAUCCACCCAUCCUGACUCCCCUCACUGUAGUCAUCCGCCAUCCUGACUCUCCCUCACUGUAGUCAUCCACCCAUCCUGACUCUCCCUCACUGUAGUCAUCCACCCAUCCUGACCUCCCUCACUGUAGUCAUCCACCCAUCCUGACUCUCCCUCACUGUAGUCAUCCGCCCAUCCUGACUCUCCCUCACUGUAGUCAUCCGCCCAUCCUGACUCUCCCUCACUGUAGUCAUCCGCCCAUCCUGACUCUCCCUCACUGUAGUCAUCCGCCCAUCCUGACUCUCCCUCACUGUAGUCAUCCGCCCAUCCUGACUCUCCCUCACUGUAGUCAUCCGCCCAUCCUGACUCUCCCUCACUGUAGUCAUCCACCCAUCCUGACCCUCCCUCACUGUAGUCAUCCACCCAUCCUGACCAUCCCUCACUGUAGUCAUCCACCCAUCCUGACCCUCCCUCACUGUAGUCAUCCACCCAUCCUGACCCUCCCUUCACUAUAGUCAUUCACCCCAUCCUGACUCUCCCUCACUGUAGUCAUCUCAGCACCAUGUCAACUCCCCAUCCUCCCAAAAUGUAUCUCUGUGUGACCAUCAUGCAAUCAUUAUUUGAGUAACGGGAGGGAAUGAAUUGUGGUAGAUAAAUGUAAGACGUUCAGCCACCAGGGCCCGCUGAGUGCCAUGGGACUGUCUAGCUAAAGACACUGGACUGACGAGGGACUACAAAAUGGAGAUAUAAGAGUUCAUUCUAAAUUUGAUGAUCGUUGACACAGAAGAUACGUACAACACUCUCUUGUUUUAAACAAGUGACAAAUUAAUGACAUGCCAUGUUGGCCUCAAAGGCCUUUGUAAAACUGAUGGAUGAGUCAACCACACACCUGUGUACUUGACACAGCAUUCAUCUGGACGAUGUUGUAGGAGAAGACUGCUGACUGCCGCUGCUUCUUCUCCUCAGAGCCUGGUCAGACUCCUCACAUCACUCUGAGCAGGGCCAAGUGGCUCAGCACCUCUAGUCUCUUACAGGCCAAGAGGAGAGGUAGAGUGAAAACAUGCCUGGGAGGAACACGCUGCUUCACUGUGUGGUUGACCUGGACCUUGCUCUGCUUCUUCACUAGCUUGUUCCACAAUCGCAGACAAAUCUUCUCUCUGAGAUUUCAAUUGAAUAUCUGUGUGAUAUUCACAACCGGAAAAUACUGAUUUGUGAUGUUUGUUUACUGUAAGGCAAACUGUGUCUCUCUCUCAGUAGCAUGUGUUGCAGUGUUGGUCUUGGCUGGUGUUGGUUGCUGUGUGUCUGUGUUUCUGUCUGAUCACAAUGCACUGAUCUAGGUCUCACUGGAUGCUAUGACUCCAGGUCUGUUCUUCUUGGUUAUUUAAUCACAUUCUUUGGGUUCUAAUCUGGUUCUUGUGGUUCUGUUUGAGGAUUUGCAGUGUACUCUCUCAAUGGAUGUGUUUGCAUCAAGUUCUCAUCACACACGUCACCUAUCACUGUACAUAUCACCUUGUCUUGUGUACGAUUGUGUCACCCCUCCUUUCCUCUUGGUGUCACUCCCUUUCCCUAGUUUGACAAACUAUCCUCCAUGUUGGGAUCAAACAGUCCAUGAUAAUAACAGUCUCUAAAUUGAAAUCUAUCUUGGAUGUGUCUUGAAAUUGUUGGUGCCACUGCUAAAUCUUAAUCUAGAUAUCAAUCGAGUUUGCUGAAUUAUAUUACUCCCCCUUCUCUCUUUCCUACUCUCCUUCUCUUUCCCUCCUCCCCGUAGGUUGGAACAAGGCCUCUCUCUCCAUGGACGCGCCAGAAGAGCUUGAUGGGUACUCCAGCGCCGAGGACCCCAUGAACUCUGACCCUGAGGAUGAGGGAGGCAGGAAGCUGGUGAGUCAUGGUCGCCAACAUGUCUAAAACAUGUUAUGAAAGUGGUUUGUUAUUCCCUAGCAACAUACAUGGUAACAUGACACACUGGACACAAACAUAUUAACUUUUCCCUUUACCCUGUGACCCCAGGCUGUCGGCGACAGGUUCACGGUGGUGGCGGACUAUGAGAAGGAGAAAGGAGGGCCUCAGGACCUGUCAGUGAAGAGUGGAGACAUGGUGCAGCUCAUUAAAGAGGGAGAUGACGGACAGUGGUUUGUUAGAAACCUGGGGAGCAACAAAGAUGGCUGGGUAGCAGUAGCCAACCUUCUCACCCUCAUCACAGAGUCCAAGUCCUCGCAGUCCCUCUGCAGCUCAGGUACACUGGCUCUGUCUGUCAGUCUGUCUGUGCCUCUUUCUCUUCUGUCUCUCAUUGCCUCUCUCUCUCGGUUUGUGUAAGAAAGAACUGUAUCUUGCAACCCAAAUACCUAUUUUGAAAAUUAACAGGAGUGUGUCUAUAUUUUAGUUUGUUUUAGAAUUAUCUGUGGACUCUAAUGAAAACGAACUUGUCUGUGUUUUGUUGUUACAGAGGGCAGUGUAACUGCCAACCUCAGCACCUCCUCCAGCUGCAGUGAAACCUACACAAGUUUCUCUGACAUCAAGCCUUAAAGUCCCACCCCCUCUGAGCCCUGAGACACAGCUACAGCGCCACCCAGUGGUUGGCUGUUCAAAUGACAUGUGCACUUUUCCCCUCAACUACUGUUCAAAUCAAAUGUUAUUUAUCACAUGCGCUGAAUACAACUGGUGUAGCCUUUACAGUGAAAUGCUUGCACAAGUUGGUUUUCAUUAGAGUCCACAGAUACUUCACUCUCACACUGAAGUGGAGGCUGCCUGGAAUGUAGCAGAAAGCAGUCUAAUAGCUGCUUAUCUGUCAAUGUGAAGGGAAGGUAAUGAAUGACUGCUUUCCUCUGGACAUACUCUACUCUCAGGGACGAGGGGUAGUGUCCUAGCCUUUUACAGUGAUUGAGGGCUAGCACACAUUGGGGAAUCAUCGUAUGGUGACUCGUACUGAGAACAGGAAGUUCAGGCCUCUCCCCUACCUGUUUGAUAGAGAUGAACAAGGAAGGACACACCCGCUCCAUUCACCUGACCUGAGUCUCACACACAGGCAGGCUUUGUUAGCCUAGUGUGGUAUCGCACCUCCCACUCCAACAAGGUGAUAUGGAGCCAGGAGCUACUCUACUGAACUCAACACUUCAACAGACAGACGCCUCAGUCUCUCUCCUGUGGACUCUGGUAACCGGUUGUGUCGUAAUGUUUCUCUCAGUAUCAGGCAGUCAACCUCUCACUAUGUCCUCAGUCCUCUCAUGAGUGACUUUAAAAAUAGAUGAUGGAUUUAUAUUUAAUAUGUUUCUACUGGAUCCCCCAAGACAAACUGAACUGUAAAAUUACCAAGACAAUCACAUUCUAGCAAGAAUGCAAAUUAGAAUAUUAUUGUCAUUAAAUACUUUUUGAGUUUGGUCAACUCUGUACAUCUAUGGCUUUGUCCAGAGGCACUCCAGUACAUUUCCAGUCCCUCUCCCUCCCUGUUUCUCCUUCCUCCACCUGUGCUGUCUCUUGGCUUUGUUCCCAGUGAUCUGAGAGCUGGGCUUUAAACUACCAGGUGUUCCUUUAGGCAGGGUGAUAUUUAAACUACCAGGUGUUCCUUUAGGCAGGGGUGAUAUUACAGGACGGUCAGAUAUCAUAGAAACUUCAACAAUAACAGUGGUCAGGAUGUUCUUCUGAAUAUUUUUCUCUUGGCUCAAAGUUAAAUCCUAUACACUACACAGAAAUCCCCUGAAGAUUGAGAUUCCCGUAAAAAGAUUAAUGUCAGGUCGAUUGAUGUUGAAAUAACUGCGUACUGUACCAGAGCAUAUAAACUUUAAAGGCAUUAUUUUUAUGCGUUAAUCAAUGUGUAUAAGUUAAUUUAUUUGAGAAAGAUGUGUACAGAUAUUAUCCUAUACCUCGUAUUUUUCAUUGAAUAUGUGUAUGAUGUGUAUGAAGACCAUGGAUAUGUUUUCGUGGGUCUAAGUAUAUCAAAGAUAUUUUAUUAAUUGGUUUGUGGGGCAUGUUUUCAUGGUAAUUUCUUAAAACUCCUGAGAGGAAAUAUAUUAAUACAAAUAUCAUCCUUUCGCUCAUUUGAGAAUGCAGUCUGUACACUGGAAACCGAAGAUGGAAUAUAACUAUACAUCCUGUGCUGAAAGAUCAACUCAGAAUGAUGGUUGUCUCAAAUUUCAGCACACACAAUAAAAGGUUUUAAACAGUUUUGGUUAUAACCGUUUAGUUAUAACUGUUUAUAACUGUUUUUAUAACGUGUUGUUCUACUGUAUAUAUUUUCGAUUUGCACCCAGUGAGAUUAGAAUGUUGUUACUGUGUGUCACAUCGUUAUGCAGCACAUUGCAGCAUUAUUUUUUUCUUUAUUUUCCUAUGGUAACAAGUAUUGAUACAGAUGUUAUAUAAUUAAUGAUAUGCAUUCAUAUCUGUGUAUAUGUGUAAAUAUGUAUCUUUGAGGUGUAUUAUUAAAGCCACUGAAUAAAGUCUGAAACAUUCUUUACUUUAA